GCUCUUGCUUGUACCACACAGGAGCUCGAGAGGAGGCAGAGACUGGGCAUGCCCAGCCCGGUGGGGAGGGAGGAAGAGGAGAGAAGAGCCGAAGAGGGAGAAGAGAGUGGAAGAGUUGGGAUGUGUGUGAGCUGGGGCGGACGCUAAAAACCCCGACGAGGAGCUUGUCCAUUUCACGGCAUCACGUCUUUCCCUACCUGACGUGAAACAGAUCAUCCUUUUCUCUCUCUUUACCCUUCACACGACACACGCUCUCUCUUUUCCACAAACACACACACACACACACUGACUCUGGAGCCGGAGGGAGCGGAUAAAUGUGGACUGCAGUAUCUCAUUUGCAGCAUCUCAUUAUCUCCGGUACCGGCUGGACCGACACUGCUGCUGCUGCUGCUGCUUCACGGGAGAAAUCAUCGCCUAUCCUGGUGAGCAGACACCUCACUCUUAUCUGUCUCCUUCGUGUUUGUGCAGACGUAUCUGGUGAAUGUAUCUGCCUCAGCUCAUUGCGGGUUUACACCGCUGAGCUGCUGUCUCACAUCACAUCACAUCCCAUCACAUGCAUGCAUGCAGUAAACACAACGCACAACUUGAGCCAUGCACGUACAGAGAGAGACAGAGAGAGAGAGAGAGUGCACCGCAUCGCAUCGGUGACACAUCCAGGCGGACCUGUAGGAUGCAGAGAAAGGUCAUAGCUACUCCUUCCAAGCAGAGCUGUCAUUGACGCAUCUGUGCGUGACACUCACAGCCCGCAAAGACAAGAGUCAAGUUUCGCCCUUGGCAGGAAAAGUUGGCACUGUGGAGUGUUUUAAUGUUAGGUGAGUUAGUACGUGAGGAGGUUAUAGAUAACUUUGUCAGGUUCUGGCAACAACAGGCAACACAGGUCAAUGCAGAGCUGAUGACUUUGUAAACACACUUCCAUCAAAUGAUUAAAAAAUGGUUAUUCAGGAUUUUCAUAUCCUUUAUAGCCACUAAUAAGGAUCUGUUUUUGUACUGCAUGCUCUGUAGUGUUACAUCUUUGCAGCUUUGUGGCUCAUUUUGCAAUUUAAAGUCAAUGUUGAGGUAUCAUAUGUUUCCAUUUUCCUGCCUUUUUACAGAUUGCAUGUUGAGUGAAAGAGAAAAUAGUGACAUCGACCUCGACUGAGGAAAAUAAAGUGAACAAACUCAAACUUUAUUCGCAUUUAAAAAAAUGAUUUUGAUGAGCUGUUUGUUAAUAGAGAAUUUGCAUCAUCAAAUAGCAGAUUUUUUGACAGACAAAACAUCUCAUAAUAAUUACUUCAGUGCACAGUCUAUAUAUUGAUAAAUAGUGAUCAAAUCAGUGGCAGUUACAAACCUUUCCAGACUCAGUUGAAUACCUGACGGGAUCAAUAGUACCUGUAUGCUAACCCAGGCUCAGGGAUGAUAAAUGACACUGCAGGAAUAGUCCCUGCAGCUCAGAGACGACCAGGCUGCAUGACUGUUUUAAAACCCUGUCAAACGUCCCCCAGUCCAAGAACUGAUCCAUUCACCGCCACCGCCAAGGGCACCUGGAAGCAUUUUGUCUUCAUUUGUUGCAGUUUAUAAAUCCCCCAUCUGGGACUCGGUCUAGACUCUGCCUCUGGGUUUCAGUGACGGGACGGUGGGGGUAGAAAAAGACUCUAUUCUUUUCACCUUUCCUGAAGAGAAGUGAAACACAGAAACACACACACACACAGAAACACACAUCCACUCCAUCAGGUUUGCAGGGCUGUUUGUCAGAGCGACCCUCUGAGGAGCAGCUGCUCCAAAAGUCAAAUACUCUCUGUUUGUGUGUGUGUGUGUUAUACUGCAGACGCUUGACUUCAUUUUUACUUUUGCUGGAGGUCUGGAUGAAUUUUAGUAGCUUGGGUAGUUAAUAACGCAUCUCUAAGGAAAAAAACUGGAGGACAAGGACUUUUCAAGGAUUUUUCCACAGACUGUGUUAACAAAGAAAGAUGGAGCAGACUAGACAAUGUGUACAGGCUGAGUGACAGAUAGAGUCAAUAGAUUAACAAUAAACUAACAGAGAUGCUUGUUGCAGUCUUGUGUCGCUGCAAGAAGACACACACAGGACCCCCGUCAAAAAUCACCUGAAUUAGAUAAAAUAAGAAGUUAAAUUAAAAACACGUAAGACAAUGCAUGUGACUGUGUUUCCAAAACAGGUUAAUUAACAGCAAGUCUUGAAAGUAAGACUGUAGUCCAGUCAAUGCACAAUGCUAAUUUAUUGCUAGCUGGCUUGUAAACUCGUAAGGGUGAGCGAUACGGCAAAAGUGUAAUCUUUGUGUUUACCAUCUUUGCAGUGCACCAUGUUUCUAAUCUGGAACCAGGAGAGAAAGAGAGGCCGGCUCCUCUGUAACCAUCAUUUACAUCGCUUAUCAAAAAAACACUGAGAACUUGAAGGAAAACUUAAAAAUUUAAGACGUGUAUUUUCACUAUCAGCAUGUGUGACUUAAUGAAGCAGCAAAUUUACUUGAUGGACUGUUCCUGUGUCACUACAAUGAGAUGUCAAAGUGUGUUUAGGGCUAGGUGAUUAAAUGAGAAUGAUAUAUAGAAAAUUAAUUUCCCUCAAUAUCAAUAUAAAACAUGGUCAAUAUGCUUUUCGAUAGUCGGCAUUCUGCCAUGUUUUGGUAGACUAUAGGAAUAGCCAAUGAAAGCAGAGUAAUGUGCACUGCAAAUUAUGUCGAGUUCAUGUUCUUGCAAAGUUGGGGAAUACCUCAAAUGUUUUUCACCACCUGAAGCAGUGCCACGCGGCAGAGCACGCAUAUGCAAAAGAUUACGAACCCAGAGCAGAGCCGCUGAAACAGCUGACCAUUCAAUCUGCAUUCAGUUGCAAAAGACCUCACAGAUGCAGUAGCUUAUUGUAUUGCAAAAGACAAGGUAUCAAUAAGCACUUGUAAAUUAAUUUUUUUAUAUCGUGAUAUAUAUUGAUAUUGACUGAUAUGAAAAAAUAUAUUGUGAUAAACUUUCCAUUUCGCCCAGCCCUAAGUGUGCUUAUAAGACCUGUGACAUAAAAGCAGUGAUUUAUUUUCUAGUUGUUGAAUUGGAAAUCAAAAUUUUGAACUAAGCAGUAAAACACAGCAUCGCAGAUCCUCAGGUAAAUAAUGUCAAACUGGUCAGUUGAGUGUGGCUAAUGAUAGCAGAGCUAGCACCACCCCCUGACGUCCUCUCUGCUUGUUAACGUACACUUUCCAGUUCAACCAGACGCAGCUAAAAGACAACUUUAUCUCCAUUUUCUCGACCAAAAUACUGACAGAUGACGCCGUGCUAUAGUUGUCGGUGCUUGGUCAAUUGUUAUAGCAUCAUGGCUGAAGACGUAAACCAGACCCACAGUUUUAGCUUGAUGGCUGCACUACAGCAUGUCAGGCCUACAAUAAUAUAAAUACUAAUCAUCUGUUUAACAAGCGAGCACUUCGGAUGCUAGCAAUGGUGAUGAUGUUAAAUCACUAUUUUCUGUCAAAUAUUCAUUUUGAUGGUCUUGAAUUUAGGUUAUUUAGUUUUAUAUUGCACAUGAUUAAAUAAGGCCGCAGCUAAAUAAUUUAUUCAUGAGCAUUCGGUGAAGCUCAUCCAGAGGCUGAGUGCUCUAUCUGCAUUUUUUAACUGCCAUGUGGGGUAUAUGCAGGGAUUUCUUUGGGUCGGAUUUCAACAGUGUAAUUUUAAUUUUGUAAUUUUGUUUUUACAUCUGAAUCUUUAAAACCUGCAGCAUUAGCAUUAGAGGUAAAAAUCACUGAGAGCAAAACUCCUAACUGGCAUCAGAUUGGCAGCGCUCUCUUUGCAUGCAAACGUCAACUUGUUUAAUUACGUUGUAUGUAAAAAGUUUGAUCAUUACAACAUCAACAGAAAUGAAUAAGGACAACAUGUUGAUGCUCCAAUGUCUCUUGUAAUCCCGCUUAAUCUCCUGAUCUUCAUUUUGACAUCAAUCAUGAAAUUUGACACAACAGUUCGUAUCCGUGUCGCAAAAAUCAAAAAGGAGGUCAUGACGCUCAGGAUUAAUGAGCGGCGGUAAUCUGAGGUCUCCCAAAUAAACAUGCAGAGAAUAUGAGCUGUGACAAACCUGAACGUGUGUGUGGAGGGGUGUGUGUUUGUAACCUGGCGUCAUUUGAUGCCUUCUGUCAAUAAAAAUGAUACACAGGGGAAAAACAGAGAUGGUUUAACCGUCAGCUACUGUAAGCAUGACUCAGAAGGUAAUAUUGGGCUUAUUUGUGAUGAAUUCCUGCUGUUGGUGUUUCAGAAUAAUCCCUGAACCUGAUCUGACAGAAUCCUCACACUAAAGAGAGUUCAUUCAAAGUAGUUUAUUCUUAUUUUCAUCAACAUUUCAUGACUUAAAUAUUUUUUUCUGCAGGUAUUUAGCGCCUCUCUGACGUCAGCUCUCAGCUCACCGUCUUAAACCCACUCAUGACUCACUUCCCCUCCUAUCUGUGCACAUAACCGUCCAUAUAGGGAAAUAUAACACAGGGUCGGGCGUGAGCUUUGCUUGUUAUUGUGCUCCAGUGUUUUCAAUGUUACUUGUAUCAUAAAUAGUUUUAUUGAAUAUUAACGCCUCGGAAGUCCUGUUUCAUUCAUGCAUCACUCAGACUCUGGUUUCUGAUAGGCACGGCGAGUGAUGGCCUACUUUUACACUUAAUUCAUCAGAUUCAUUUGCUUCAAACACGUCUGCAACAUUUGAGAUUCAAUCAUUUUAGAUGUUCAAUGCAGUUCCCAGUUUUCCUCAGUAGUGUCACUUAAUAGAAGCAAAAGUUUCACUAAAUAACCAAACAUAAUAAAAAUGAACUCUAAUAGCGUCAAUAUAUAAACCCUUCAACAAGACGUCUCUGGGAUGAGAGCUGCACAAUCAAGCUCCACCCACAGUACGUAAGCUUUUUCUUGACGCCAUCCUGUAUCAGCUGAUCACCUGUCUACCCUUCCUGCCGCAGACAGCUCCUCCUCUAUGCUGUGUCUGAUUUAACUUCUGUGCCCCACUUUCGUUUGUAAACUCGGGGUCUUUGCUGAUGCUCUCCCUGCCUUGGCUUUUCAUAUAUGCGAAUGAAUUCAACUUUAUUUUUAUGGCACUUUUCAGACAAAAAAAUGCUGUUCAAAGUGUCUCACAGAGGCAAAAAACAACAAUUAACAACAAUAAAACCCGAACCUCCCACCCACACACCCACCCAUGGACCCACACACACACUCACCCACACAUACACGCACACAAGUGCACAAAGUGUGAGAAUUGAAGAUAUAUUGUUAAAGAGACAUGGCCUGACACCGAGACAUGACGUGAGGAAAGAGCUACCUUUAGGAAACACUGGAGAUAAAAGAUAAAAAAAUAGAAUAGAAUGGUCAAAAGAAAGAGUAAAACCUGUUGGACUAAAACAAGAAAAUAAUAUUAAAUGAACAGAUAAGUAAGAGCUCUUUACCAGGUAAAAGGGGUAAAAGAAGUAUAUAUAUCCACAAACAAAAGAGGCCUGGGUCGGAUUUGAAAAAAUCAGAAUUGCACUGUUCACACUCACAUGAAAAAUCAGAUCUGUGUCACAUAUGGUUAAAAAAUCAGAAUUGUCCUGCAGUGUGAACAUAGCCUUAGUGAACCCAGGUGAGUGUGUUCUCUUUUUGACUGAAGCAGCCCAGACUGAACCAGAAUUGCACAGUUGUAUGCAGUUGGGUUUAUGGAUAACAUGAGAUUCAGUAAAACUGCAACAUGCUGUGCUUCCCUGUUGUGGAUGCUCAGGAUCAAUAGAAUGAAAUAUGAUAAUAAAGGGAAGUAUAAAACCAUAAAGUGCUGCUGUCUCUUUCAGUCGAGGAUAAAUGAGCUGCUGUGAGACACAGGACUCACACAGACGCCUCGAUGGCCUGUGUGAGGUCUGAGAUAACUAAGUGGUUCGUGGUGCUAACGAUGUUUGGAUUUCCAUCAGAUCUUAUUGGGAAAUCGAGGCGGUCAGCUCGCUCUCUGUUUCAUGCUAUUAAUGGUGUUGAGAAAAAACAGCAUUAGUGACCGGUACAGUCUUGAAUUACUGUUUUUUUCCUCCUUCCCACGUCUGUUUUUAUUUCUUCCUACACUCUCCCACUCUGUACACUCGCUCACUAUCUCCUGGUUACCGUCUCCGUCAUUUUUCAUCCUGUACUCUCAGUUUUUCUUUUUUUGUUUUGGCCUUUUUGGUUCAAAGAAAGAGCAGUUUGACGUCCCUGUAUACACAGAGCUAUAUCAUGUUUUUCUACUCAAAGCCAAGAAUACAUUUGGGACGUGUGGAAGUGGGAGUAUUUAGGAGGUGAGAGUGCUGGCGAUGAAAAGAGCCUUGUUAGCGAUAGGAUGAGAGUGAGCUUGUGCGAUGAUGGCAAGCAUUUGCAUUUUACAAUCCUGCUGUGUUUCCGAGUAAUGAGAGGUUGUCUGCUGCUAUAGCCGCUCCAAUCUGUGAGUUUGUUUUUUUUUCCUGUAUGUUGGCUGCAUUACAGAUGGAGCGCUUUGCAGUGGCCUGGAUCCUGUGUGAUUAAUGAAACACAAAUCUGUCGUAAAAGGCGCUCACUCCCUGUUAUGUGCUGAAAUGCUCUCUCGUUUUGUCAUUCCCGUCACUCAGAAAGAGUGUAAUUUGAGUACAGGGAGACAAGAUUCGUUCUUGGCUGUUUGGUAACAUAUCAGUGCCAGUAAUCGAUUUUUUUUUUGCAAGGCUUGAUAGCCCACAAUGCCCUGCAAAGUGUCCAGCAGUAAGUGAUAUCACAGAUUAUCUGAUUGCGAGUGGUUUGAUUGCAGAGUCCAGUUACAUAAAUCACAGGCUGUGUUUUACUUGUCUUAAUGUUUGUACUGCCUUGAUUUAAGUAGAAAAAAACAGCUUUAAUGGAAAUUUGAUUAAUUCUUAACCUUGGUCUUAAACUCUGAGUUUACAGCUUGUUAGAUGGUUGAAUAAAUUCUGUUUUCAUCCUCCCACACAGCUGAGAUCUGUUCCUAACCUCUUUCUGUAAGUUUCCAAAACUGCCAAUUCACAAAUAACACCCACUCAAAGCCGAGUUUGGCCCAAUGUACACGUAAAAAGAUGAACCCAAAACCCUUGACGUUAAAGAGGGGGUGUUUUCCUUAUAUUGUCCUUCUGAUCCCAUCUUAGCAGCUUUACAUGAUUUACGGUUCAACAAAUUCUUCAUAUAUUUCAGGCUGCUGUCUUUGAAAACCUUCGUUUCAGCCUCUGUCUGAGACACUGUCGCUUUAAGGCCCCCUCAGCAUUCCAGAACCCUCCUUCACUGUUGCCAUGCAACAAAGUUGUGUUUCUUGUUAUAGAGUGACAAAUUUGCCCUUUUAAGGAGAUUCACUGGUGAUGUCAUGAUUUGAGCAAAUCUCAUCUUGAUCUCUCUGAAUUCUUGUGUGACUCAAGCCGUUUAGAGCCCCCCCUGUAGUCCCAUCUGGGGAUUACUUCAACACACAUGAACCUUUAAUCUGAAACCUUGCUCAUGUGUAGUACUGACCUCUAAAACACUUAACACUGUUUUCAAAAUAUAAAAGAAUUAGAAGACCACCUCUUUCCAUGUAAUGUAAAUAUAUAAAUCUAGUGAAAUGUUUUAUGUGUUAGCUAUUAUCAGGUUGAGGUUGCUUAGAUAAAUUUAAGAUCUAAGAUUUAAGUAAAUAUAAUUUUUUCUACCUUUUGCAAUAUAAUCCAAAGACACAAUUACAUUUCUGAAACCUUUAGAAUCAUAUCUGCUGACUUGAGACUCACUGAAACACUGAAAUACCAAACGGGGAUAAAAAAAAGGUGUUAAACCUGUGUUUUAUCUUGUCUGAGCUCAGUAACAAAACAGGACCAAAAUGGGGAGCUAGAUGCAGUUCAAUAAUUAAAUAUCUGAAAGUGGUACAAGGCACAGAGUUAACAUGAGGAUGAUGCAGAAUGGGGUCAAAGCCAGAGAGCAGGGGAAGUCAGAGGAAGCCUGAUAACAAAGAAAGCUUCAGAGUCCAGAUCAUCUACUGCUGAAAUAGAUAAAUAACAUGACAGCUCCUUAAAAUCGAAGCUAAUUCAUUUCAGACUCCCCCUGCUGACUGUCUGCAGUAGCGGCCAGAAAUCCUGCCUCCUCCAUGUUAACAGAUUGGACAUGAUUCAGACUUCAAAAUGAGAACAUGGUUCCUGUCAGUUUAGUUUGUCCUUAUCAUGCUUAUUUGUGUCCAAAUGUAAAAUUUAGUUUUGCGUAGGUAUUUGAUAUUGACGGGGGUAAAAAGUAGUGGUCGACUGAUGUUGGUUUUUCAGAUUGUAAGUAGUAGAUGAGACCAAAAACCAAUAUAAGUGACAGUUUUUGUCCAGCCAAUCAGAUAGCGUCGUGGGCGGGACUUAGGUAAGACAGAGAGUGGUGAGAGAAAAUAGAGCUUAAGGGAAAAACACACCAGCAGUGGAGUCAAAGAUAAAUAAUCGGCCAAGGUUGACGAUCAGUCCGCCUCUGUGAAAAGGUUAAGAUUGACAGCUCUGUGGACAGAAACUGCUCCGUCAGUGUUUCUUCACCCAAUUAACAGAGCAGGUGGAGCGCCUGUUAAGGAGAGUGGAUGUAAUGAACUCAAGAGUCUCUGAGUUCUCUUUAAGUGGUAAUGUCUGCUGGAAACCAGGAAGAGAAUCCGUUACUCUGCAGACCAAACCCACCUGAGGUAUCGUAGACUUUCAUCAGUAAAUUAAACGUGUUUGAUUAGAAAAAGAGGUCAGUAAAUUGGUAUCUACUGUGCAGAUAAAAUGUGUUUCUAUCUUAACUUUUAUACAGCAGGAAGAAGUUUAUAGUCAAUCUAAAGCUGAGUCUAAUAUAAAUUGUCCUAAAGCUCCCGUGGUCGUAGCUCAGGGAACAAUUAAAGUAGGAGGGAAUAUAUCAGGAGUUUUAAAUGUUGAGUAGGUGGACAAAAAGGAAAGGUUAAAGUGCCGAGGGGAUAAUAUGAAAAAUGAGAGGCCAGCAAAACCGUAGGAAACUUGAGAUGGAGGAAACCUUUCCGCUAUUGUGCAUUCUUUGAAAUUUUCAGGAGCUUGUUCACACGUGUCCCUCAUACUGUCAAGGUUUCCUGAUCGGACAAAGAGAGUAGUGUGCACAUGUGAACACAGCGUCUUCUUCUCCUGAUGGCUGUUUUUAAUUGAAAUCUUAAGAUGCAGCCCGCUCAUCGUGGAAAAGAUUUAGAGAAGAAAGACAGGUCAAGAGGAGACUCCAAUUUGAUCCUCCACAUGUCCCACUAAAGAGUGUAUUUUUAAAACCAUCGAUCAAUGAGCCAUUGUUGGUCCCCUCAGGACUCUCGAGUUCACCCACAAAGAUGGUCAUUGGCGGGUGGAGACAAUCACCAGGAUCUUCUAAUUUGAUAGUCCCUAAUGUUAUUUCCCUGAAAUAAACCAGCAGACACGAAGAGAGUUGUUGUUGCAGAAAGCCUCCCGCUCUCAGAAACUCUGCUCCACAUCUGCCUGAGGAGUGCUGACUCUGCUGGAAGCUAAAAGCUGGCUCGCUGAUGUUUGGUGCAGUCUGCAGAGAGGAGCUGCUGCUGAUGGCUGCCUGUCACUCUCACCUGUGUCAGUUGUACAGACAGACAGACAGACGGAGGUGAGAUCAGACUUUAAAAAUAAUAGAGGGAUGACGUCAGAAGAACGUCAUUGUCAAACAUCUCCAAACCUCUCUGAGGUAUUAAUAUAAGUAAACAUAAGCUGCUGCUUAAGCUGCAACUUCGCCUCAUCCGUUUUCUGUCUUCUUAGAGGAGCCGACGAGAUCAUUACUGUUCUCACUCAAGGAGGCUAUCUAUCUAUCUAUCUAUCUAUCUAUCUAUCUAUCUAUCUAUCUAUCCAUCCAUCCAUCCAUCCAUCCAUCCAUCCAUCCAUCCAUCCAUCCAUCCAUUUUUCUAUCUAUAUUAGUUUAUUAAUCUGUCCAUUUUUACUCAUCCAUCCAUCAAACAUCCAUCAUUCAUUUCUAUUUUUACCCACCCAUCCAUCUAUUAUUUCUAUUUCCAUCCAUCCAAUAUUUCUAUUUUCACCCAUCCAUCCAUUCAUCCAUUCAUUUCCAAUUUCCAUUUUCAUCCAUCUAUCCAUUAUUUCCAUUUUCAUCAAUCCAUCCAGCCAUCCAUCCAUCCAUCCAUCGUUUCUAUUUUCAUCCAUCCAUCCAUCCAUUUCUUAUUUCAUCCAUCCAUCAUUCUAUCCAUCAUCUGUCUCUUUAUUUUUUCAUUAUCCAACCAACUAUUCAGCUUUUCAUCCGUUAUUCCAUCCAUCUCUUUUUUUUUAUUUCCAUCUGUUUAUUGAACCACCUUUUUUGCGUCUCCCUCCCUGUUCAUCCAUUUAUCAUCAUAUUCUUUUACACACAUUUGGUAUCUGGUACUUUUGUCUGUAUUAAAAACACAAACUGCCUCUCUCAGUUCAGUUUAGUCUUUAAUGUGGACGUUGAGUCCAAAGUCGUCCAAGAGUGAGACGUGUUUUUGUUCAUUUGAUGCUUUUCUGUUUCUGUUGAAUAUUUCAGUGAGCGAGUGUUUACACCUGCUCCUUCUUUCUCUCUGAUGUUUCAGACUCUAUAGGAGGUUUUUCAUAAAUCUCAGCUCACAUCUGUCCCCAAAGUUUUCCUCAUAGGAAACAAACAUUUUUUUUAUCCUAUAUUUUCCUUCGACUCCCGCUGCAUCAUGGGAAACUUUCACGGUGGAACUUUAUGUCCUCUGUUGAAUUAUUUAAAGCUGGUGAGAAAUAACAUGGAGUUGUCUUUGCUGUUCAGAAUUAAUAACUGUUGUCAAGGGGGGUUUUAACCAAUCAGAGGCAAGUAUUCAACACAGCAGGCUCUUUGCUCUUCACGUUUUUAUUGCAAUGCUAAACAAUUUAAUCGCACAUAACUUCUUAUAUCAUGCAGGUUUCAUCUAAAUGAUGUUCUCAGAAGUGAUGGGGGAGAUGUGUGGUGAGAAUUUAUCACAUGCAAAAUUCCUGGAAGCCAAACAUUUAUAUGCAAAUAGGCCGAGUGUGUUCUCCUGUCCCUCUGAGGUGUUGGGGAGGAGGGGUUCACACAUGCUCGAGAUGAUCAGACCACAUGUCCACGUUUCAUCCACUCACAUCCUACACUCAUAUUUUCCUCCUCUGUCUACAUGUACAGGGGUCCGGCUUGGCUGAGUGCAUUCAAACUCUUCGUCUCCCCCCUCCCUCAGCAGCACUUUAAUACUCCUCACUGACUCAGCAUGCAUGUGAGAGGCAGAGGGAGGGGCAGGAGGCGGGGCUUGGUGAAGUGAGCAUGCUAAUUGGCUGAGUGGGAGCAGUGUGCCGGGGAAGGGAGGGAAGGAGUCGGUGCUGGUCGGACAGGUCUGUCUGCACUGGAGAGGAGAGAGGAAGGAGGGAAGGAAGGAAGGAGCGAAGAUGAGAGGGAAGGAAGAGGGAGUAAGAGAAAGGAUGAGGCGAGUUAAAGCAUGUGGGAGGUGUAAAUCCUGUACGGAUGGAGCGGCUGUGAGAGGAGGAGAGGUGAGUGUGAGUCUGUGUGUGUGUGUGUGUGUGUGUGUGUGUGUGUGUUUGUGUGUGUGUGUGAUUUAGAAAUACUGUUGGUGUCUCUGUUUUCUGCUGACAGCCUGGGGUCGAUCAAGAUAAACAAGCAGUGAGGUGGCCGAUAGCUUUGCACCACGAUAUGGAUGAUCCAGAUGUGUGUAUCACCCUGUAAGACUUACAGCUCUGUCUACUGUGUGUGUUUGUGUGUGUGUGUGUGUGUGUGUAUGUGUGUGUGGGUGGGUGACACUUAGUGUGAAGGCAUGAAUGAGAGAACAUGUGAGGCCGUGUGAAAAGAGGGACUGCAUAUCUCUGAGAGCGAGUCGGUACAUGCAGCUUUAACACUCUUUAAGUUGAGUCUCAUGUAAACAACACUUCUGCACGCGCUCAGUUCAGUUUGUACCUUUAGCUGCUCUGUGCUGUGGCAGUGGACACACUGACAUUAAAGACAAGAAUCUAUUUUCUUUUAAACAGAAUGUAGUUUUCUUUUUAAAACACAAUGAAUUUGUUUUUUUAGAAAAAAUGAAACGUACCAGAGAUACAAUAAUGACAUUUAGAAAUUAUUCAACAAGGAACUCAAAGAUGCUGUAAAGUAGGGCUGUUCAAUGAGAGCGAAACUCAUAACCAUGGUUGUUUGAUUUGCAUUCAUUCUAAUGAGAAUACACACAAAAAAGGCUGCAGAUCAUAAAUCAUUCAGUCUUUUAAGAUUUUGAAUAAUGUCCUCAAUAACAUCAAGACUUGUGGUCGUAUUUUACUAUGAUUUAGAAAAAUGUCUCUAACUGUGAGCGCAUUAUCACUGCUGCCUCUCAUGUGAUGCUCAUUCUGUCCCUUUGCUUUUCAGGCACACAGAUAAACCUGCUCCUCUCCCUGCUCUCCUCUCUCUUCCUCUUGCUCCUCUUCCAAUUCUCCUCUCCCCUUCUCCUGCUCCUUUCCCUGUGCUUCUCCUCUCCCUUCUUCUUGUUACUCUUCCUGUUCUCCUCUCUCCUCUUCCUCUCCCUGUUAUCCUCUCUCCUUCUCCUGCUCCUUUCCCUGCUCUCUUCUCUUGCUCCUCUCCCUGCUCUCCUCUCUCUGCUCUCCUCUCUCUCCUCCUCCUCCUCUUCUCCCUGCUCUCCUCUCUCUUCCUCUUACUCCUCCUCCUCCUCCUCUCCCUGCUCUCUCUCUUUUCCAUUCUCCUCCUCCUCUCCCUGCUCUCCUCUCUCCUCCUCCUCCUCUUCUCCCUGCUCUCCUCUCUCUUCCUCUUACUCCUCCUCCUUCUCCUCUCCCUGCUCUCCUCUCUCCACCUGUUGCUCCUUAAUAGUUUGAAUCGUUGCUGCAAUAAAUAAUUUCUAUCUGUUAGUUUGAAAAUCAUGAAGAUUUUUUGGCAAAAUUUCAAAGAGAAAGAUUUCCUGUUUUGAGUGACCCUGAGUGUUCGGCUCUCCUUCUGAAAAGUUAGUUAUAUAAUUUCUCUCUUUUCAGUCUGUAGUUAUUAAUGAGGUUUUAUUUAAAUAGAGAAUCUGUGUUUUUCCUGCAUCAAUGCGAGCAGACUUCAGUCCCCUCUCGAGUCGCGCACAUUGACCCAUUCAGUGAGAUAAUUCAGCGAGCAAGGCCGACUGCUGGGUUCUGAUUUGAUCUGAAAUGUGAGUCACUUUUUGUUAGACUUUAGAGACCGAGUUUUCUUGUCGGGUUUUUAAAUCCAUGUGCGAAGUUGGAGCCGUCUGAGUGACAAUAAUGAGACGGCAUUUAAACUUUUAACCAAUUGAACUGGAUAACCAUGACCUGAAUGAACGAGAACCUACACAGACGUACAGUUUUUUAACAUGUGGAGGAUGUAGUCAGAAUAGAUCGACUUUAUAUCGUCAUGAGUCUCAAAGUUCAAGGCUCACUCGUCUCUCGAUUUUGGUCCUUUCACAGAAUAAUGCUGUCUGACUGAGGAAAACUUGUUUUACAGAAUCAAACUCUGGACCUGCUGCAGCUCUGGAGUCUCUUUAUGAAGAGUCUCUUUAAAUGAUUGAACACAAACUCAAAUCAAUAACGUCACUAAAACUCUAAAAUGUGGUGAUAGUUUACUGAUAUGGUUAUAUGCCGUCCCUGGAGCAGACCAUGAUGUGCUGACAGGACAUGGUGCACUUGCAUCCUGCGGGAUUUGGGGGUUCGACUCUGUAACAUCUCCAGCUUAUUGAGUGCAGGUCUGGAUCCUCUCAUGCAAUCAGCGUUAACGCAGAACUGCUCAGUUCAGAGAUGACUGACCUGAGAGAUCCUUGUGUGCAUCGGUUAGAAAGGGCAAAGGUCAAUACUGCAGCUUUGACCGUUGAUCUCUGCUGUACAGACCCCGCCUCCUAAUGUGCGAGAUGUCUGCAUCUAUCACCGCGGUUACAGCUAUUGGUUCAUCUUCAGUUAAAAUGAUUGAGACUUUAAUUAGAGCAGAGCAGGAACUGUGUAAAAAAAGCCUCUAAAGUCCCAUUAGAUGAUCAUUUUCAUCCUGUUGGGAACAAGUUAAUAUUAAAAACCGAACAUGAAAUUGAUCAUCAGCUCAAGCAAGCAAGAUCUGCAAGUUUAGCCGAAGUUCGGGCUCCUCAGCUGCUCCCAAAUAUCCCCUGGAUUAUUCCACUAUUAUCACAUCAAACUUGUGAUUAUCUUCAGAGUAUUCAGGACAUGUCAGGUGUGAGUGGAGGAGCUGUAUCAUCAGCGGGGUCAUGGCCGGUGUGCCGCUGAUUGAAAGCCUCCCCCUUCUCCUCCUCCUCCCAUAACAAGCCGCUCUGCAGCUUUCUUCUCGCACACACACACACUUUUUGUGCCUCUGUAUGAGUCAGAGGACCCAUCUCUUUUGUCUGAAUGUGUCUUUGAAUUCAGCGCAGGAGAAGCGGGAGAGAGACACAGCCUCGUUUCUGAGACAGCGCUGACACUCCCAUCUAACUUCUUCCUCUCUGGGCGCUGCUCGGUUAAUUCUGGAGGUUUAUGAGGCUUGAGGAGAGAGUUUCAGGAGUGACAGUGAGCCUUUGGACAUUUGUUGGGACUUUGCAUGAGUAGGCAGUGUGAUGUAACCCAAUAUUGUUGCAGAGAAAUCAUUGGGUGCUUCAGUCUGUGUGAGCAGACAGUUCGAGGUUGUUAGAAGUUUCCUGUUGCACCCUGAGCGUCCUUUGUCACCCUUAAAAUCCCCCUUAAUCCCCUUAACUCGUUCCUACUCUCACUGCAAAACCCGUCAAGUAGCUGGAAUCGUAUCUGCUUGUGCACAGUGCCAGCAACAAGCAAGCUGAGAGCUAAUAUUAGCAUGAGAAGCUUCCCCCACUAUACCGUAUCCAGGGAGCUAAUAUUAGCGCUGCACACGCUGCUUUGGGUUUAAUUACCUGUGUGAUUUGACUCAGAAAUGCCCGCCAAAGAACCUGCACAGUUUAUCUGUUCGUGUGUGUGGCGCUGUGUUAAGAAAGUGACCCAGAAGGACAACAAGAGGAUGAGUCAUCAGUGCUGCAGCUGUAGCAUGUGUUUUUCUUCUUGUAAAUGGAGGUAUGUGUGGAGGUGCUGCUGGAGUUUAUAUUUUGUUCUUCAGUUAAAAGCUCUCCCAUCGGCUCAGUUUUUGAAAUACAAGUACAUUUCUCCACAAAGAUACAGACCCACAGUGAGUACAAGGCACUGAUAUCAUUGUUUCUUUGCAAAAUCACACGGAUGUCUCAGCAGCUGCCACAAUGACGACUCCCUGAAAACUCAGUGUUUCCCCGGUGGAUGUUCUGCAGGAUGCACCAGUGCAUGCUUCAGCAAGCUUCUUGAUUAAGUGGACAGAAGGAUAAGUUAGACAUCAGGGCUUUCUGCCAGACAGCUGUCCACAGGCCCUUUUACACAUGCACUGCACUCCUGAGAUUCUCCUGACAUCUUCUAGACGUGGAUAACGUGUGAAAACAAACAGAUCAGUUUGUCGUCCAGACUUUUUCACGGCCGCUUCCUGAGUCAUGUUUGACAAAACUCCUGAAAAAUUCCUGAUAUUUUCUUUGAGGGCUGAAUGUGUGAAUUCAAACAGCCUUAACUUCCAUCCUGACUUUUACCCAGACUUUUUCCAUCCAGUCCCCUUUGUAAAAAUUCUGCAAGAUGUCAGGGUGAGAAGGCAGUAACAGAAAAGAAAAUCCAUCGUGAGCAAGUAGGUGGAUGUAACUGUCAUGCAGCUGGUGCGACACCUGACAAGCUAAACAAAAAUAUUAGAAGUUGAAAAAGGUGAACUGUUUUCAGGACCAGAAUUGUGAAGAUGUCUGCACAUCCAUCGGUUUACAGGAAGUAUUAACGUUGUUCCAAAAACUGGCAUCUCAGCGUAGGUUUCUGACUCUUUAUUGACGUCAUGCUGUAAACAUCACUCUGUGUAUGAGCUGAUGUGUGUAAAAGUCCAGAAAAUUUACAGUGAGAGAGAACUGAAUGGAGUUUUUCUGCUUCAUACAACCUAAGUAUUGACAGUCUUUAUCUGUGAGGGACGUGUGUGAACGCAGUCCCAGAAAAAGACAGUCCCUGUCUUCCCUUUCAUUUUGCAUAAAUUAAAUCCUCACUAUGAUUAGAGGAAGUUCUCAACCACUUAAAAACUCCUCACUGUGCCUUUAAGUUUGCAAACUUGCGGGUGUUGAUUUGUUUCGUUUCAUUUCAGAGCUGCAGAUGACGGCUGCAGGGAGGUUUUUGAAAAAUCUGGUUCCACAAACAGUCGGCACAUCCGUCAUAAAAUGUAGAAAACAAAAGGGACUAUUCAGAGAAAGUGCAAGAACUGAGUUUUUUUUUUCUUUUUAAGUAGGAUACCACCUGAUUUAUCGAACCCGGUCACUGUUGCAUUCCUCGAAAUACUGCCUCCUACAGCAGUUGUUAAAACGGACAUUUAUGAGUGGAGUUUAUUUAUGUGGCCGUAGUGUUUUACAGUAAAUCAGGCAGCUGAGUGUGGCAGGUGGUGAGUGGUAACGGUCUGUUUCUGUUGUAACUUCUGGCACAGCAGCAAUGGUUCCACCAGAACGGCUGCCAAACUGGACGUCUGUCAGAAAAACGUGCGCGCAGCGGAAACUCUGCAGCUCAGCGGGGUUUCACAGUAUUUAAAGAUCUAAGAGGAAGAAGGAGGAAGAGGAGGAUGGAGCUCUGACCAGCAUGUUCGGCUCAGGUCUAUAGAUCUGGUUAACUCUUAUAUUUCCUCUCAAUUAGCUGUAAAUUACUCAAUUUGGAUUUUCAGAUUCAGAAAUCAGAUUUUCCAUGUCUUGUAAAUAAUUCCAGCACGUUUAUUUUCAGUGUUUCUCAGAUUUGGGAGCUUAAACAGGAGAUCUGUCCUCCUGAGAUGAAGGUGACUUGACUAUUGAAAGAACAAAGCUGCAGAAGAAGAAGAGAAGAAGAAGAGGAGGGGGGUUGCGUUACAUCAUGCAGCCGUGUUCCUGCUCCUGUCAUGCUCCUUCCUGUAACUCUACACUUCCAUCAGUCUGGCACACUUCCAGCAGAGCUCUCUCCUCCAUACGUGACUCCAUCAUCCUGCUUUACCUUCGCUGAGAGAGCCUCCAUCUUUCCCGCUCUCCCUCGUCCUCUUUUGCUUUCCUCUCGCCGGUCUUUAACUCUCUUGAACCCAUCAACAUCUGAGAUGAUGAACGAGAGAAUCAAUGGUAGAACCAAGUGAACCUCAGAUCCUUCUCUGAAUCGAUAACGGACACUGUCGACCUCUUCUCGUAGUGACGGAGUGAAAAUAGAUCAUGAAAAUCCCCGUGUACCGCCUGAACCAUAUUUAUGAUGCAGCCACCAGUGUGUCUAUUUUUAGCUCCCAUGCUUUUGCCCACACUAGCAGGAAUUUCCUUAAUGAUUUUGAUGCACACUAAAACACCAGAGUAAAGGUCGGGUUUCCUGGUCCUCGCCUUGUUUUAUCUGCAGACAAAAUUGCAUCAGAGCCAAUUUUUCAUAACAGAUUUUGGACUAGUGCUCUGCUUCAGUUGCUGUUUUCAGUAUCCUUUUACGCUUGGUGCCCAAGUUGAGCAGGCACGUAUACACUGGAUGGGUGUCAGUUAACAGAUAUACACUCAGCUUGUUGCCAGGUCCAUACCCUCAAGUAGGUCAGCUCCAUGUUAUAGCCUGCUGUAAGGAAUUUAUUUUAAUUUUUUGCAUGAAAUAGUUUUGGUGCACGAAGGGUUUUUGACGUAUUUUUGACACACUGGAGAUUAAAAGUCAUUCAUAGUUUGAGUUGCCAAAAAGUUUCAAUCCUGAUAGUUCUCGUUUAUAAUCCUGUCUUUAAUUUCAUGUAAGAUAAGAAUCCUGAAUACACCUGCACUCCAGGAUUUGCUCAUAGUCACAUAGUCACCUUCAGCCAGCAGGAACCAUCACACCACAAUGAAGCGUUAUUAUUCAGACUGUGAGUUUUCGUUGUUUAGUGUGUGGCGAUGUCUCAAACUGUUAGUUCAGAUCUCAUGUCCAGGUUUAAAGUCCACCUCUGAACACAUCUGUAUGCAGAUUUUCACCCUGUGGAAAUAUAUGCUACUGACUUUUGCACACCGCAGCUGAUCUGCUCCAGAUUUCACAGGUUUGAUGACAGUUUUAGCCUCGACUCAUUCACAUAUGUACAUAAUUUUGUUCAUUUUAAUAGCACCACUCCUUCAUGUCAUGUAUGCUUUCAAUUAUACUUGCAUGAGGACAGACUCGACCUCAACAGAUCUAGAUAUAUAGUUGGUUCAUUUGCGCUGCAACAGCUGCUGAAAAAACCAACAGUUUCUUGGUUGCGACACGCCCCAGUAUAAGCACAUAAGCGCCAAAGUGUGAGGGUCAGUUCAUCGCUGCUUACAGCUUUAAUUAUGUUUUUUUUAGAACUACUUAUUUGUAUUAAUUGGUGUUUCAAAUUGUUCUGUUUCUCUCAUGAUAACUAGAUUUCACUGCAACAAAACUGUGUGGUUUGAAAAGAGGGUUUUUAUGGGGGGAUGCAUAAGAAAUAGGGCUGGGCGAUAUGUCCUCAAAUCAAUAUCACAAUAUAUUGAUCAGUUCACCUCGAUAACGAUAAAUGGACGAUAACUACUCCACAAGCUGCUCACCCCCUCCCACAUUAACUUCAUCUACUUCAGCCACUACAACUUUUGAACCGUCCUCCAUCUCCUCACCCGUCUUUCCCUCUUUGUUACCGACUGGAUGGGGUGGAGUCACGUCUCUGAUGUAGGACAGCGUCUUAAAGGGACAUGAGACCAUAGCCUACCUACAAACAUCCACAACCAACCUUUAUUUAUAUAUUUUUUUGACACCGAAUAUAUUGACACGGGCAAAAUGACGUUGGUAAAUGUUUCGGUUUCUCACCCAGCCCUAAUAAGAAACUGAGUCUGUGAUUUUGAAGCCCUUCAAAUAAUCUUUUGGGAAACAAGAUGAAACCCAAAGUUGUUUUGUAAAUUUUCACAGUUCAAUUUGUACUCCAUGAUCAUUAUUUUGCAGUGUUCUCAGGCGUUUGAUAAGGGAUACCGGCCUAUUGAGAAACACUGUCCCUGAAAUCUGUCUGCAGCCAAAGAAUUCAUAACAGCGUAACAGAACAAGCUUUCUUUGUUCCCACUGAACACUUUCUCAUGUUUGAGACCAAAACCUAUCAAUGGACGACAGCCUCCGCUUUCAAAAUUCAGCCGCAUGACCAUCGCAUGUUCACUUUCUGGGAUUUUUCCUCAAGAGGUCGUUUGUGUUCACACAUGUACUUGAUCCUCUUAAUAAUUUCAGGAGUUUUUUAGGAACUCUAUCUUCAUCAAUGCUGUAAUUUGAUCCUUUCACCUUCUCUGACAUGUUUACGAUGCGGCCCAGGAGCCAGGUCGUCCUCCUCGCACCUUUAUAAACAAAAGGAACCUGCAGAACCCCCAACAACUACACAAAGAGCUUUUUUGUGAAUGGUGUCGCUGUGGGAACAGUAGCUCCGAGGUGUGAAACCGAGAGAAAAAUAGAGUGCGACAAAUGGUGAGGCAGUAAAAGUUGUCUGCUCAUUAGAGAGAAAAGAGAAACAACACUGGUGCAUGUGAGCUGAGGAAGUUUGCAAAUGCUCUGACACAAAAUAAGAACGGUAAAUGAGCUUUAUUAGUCAGCUGAUCGGGAAUAUGAGGAGAGAAACAGGCUGACAAAUGUUGCAGAAAAGCUGGAGAAGUAGAGAUGAGCCCAGAGGGGACGUUGUGCAGAUUGGUGAGAUUGAGUUUGGUCUCUUUCAGACAUCAGCUGGGGUCAAGGAGGGGAGGUCCGUCCCCCUAUGCGCCAAGUCUAUCACAAGUUCUCUUUGUUCUGUCAACUUCGAUUUUCAACACACACAUUCGCUCCCACUGCUACCAUAAGGCAGCUCCAAUCUGUCGCUGCUGGCACCGGCGCAGAGCCCUCCACCGUCCCCGUCAUUCGAGCGACUUUUUUCUUCUGUACCACAGUCCUGUUGUCUGCGGCGCUGUUGGCGUGGAAAGACGAUCUGAAGUAGAAGGGUGACGAUUUGGAAAGGACUCAGCUCGGUCGAGUUGAGUAAUCGCCCAGGGAGAAAGAAAAACAGCUCAAAUGCAGGAUUUAAUCACAGAAUACCAAACACAUCUCUCUAAUAAGAGUUUGAGGAACGAUGUGUUCGGGGACCAUCAGCGUCCUGGAUCUCAUGUUUGAGUUGACAGAUGAAGAAUACAUCUACUUUUAUCCGUAUCUUUACUGCGUUAAUGUCAGUAACUUCUAAAAUUCACAUCAGAUCAGACCAUACAAAUCUGAUCUUACAUAAUUCACAGGAGCCUAUUUUUUCCCCCUCAAUCAGAAACUCCGUCUCUUUAAUAGAUUCAUUUCUGGCUUAAUCCUGUUCGCCGAAUUGUCUCAUUCAGAAUUUAUAUUAAGCACUGUCAGCAGGUCCAAUCAAUGGUGAGUCAGAGAGCAAAGAGAGACGUUAGGGGUAAUUUCCUGCUUCCUCUCCCAGUGGGCUGAGCUCAUGUUCCCUCUGAUACCAUAAAAUAGCUCACCUCACCGUAGGUCAAUGUUUAUAUCCUGCAGGAAAUGAGAUGCACAGGAGAUUCAAAGCUUCCCUCUCCCUAUUGACAAAUCUAUGCUUGUUGCAAACACAACUUUUGUAUAAAGAAGAUAAACUAAGAAGCUAUAGAGGAAAUGUGACCUUUUUAAAAUGCAUUUGUCUGGUUAAUAUCGUUCUUUCAACACUGAACGAUGUAAUUGAUGAGGCAUAUUCUUCUCACAUUGUGCAGGCCUGACCAUAACCCGCCCUGUCAUGUUGUCAUGUUGUCUUUGCAAACCGAUAUAAAGUGAGACGUGAUUCCACAACCAGGUGUGAGCUGUCCUCUUGUGAAAUAACCACUAAUGACACUGUGACACCAAGUGUGAGUUCAUCAUCAGGGCGUCACGUCAAGGCUGGUUUGAAGCUCAGUUUGUGUUCAUGUCAGGCCACCGGAUGUCGUUUUAAUCGUAUCUGAGUGUCGUUAGAGCGGGCUCAAAGUCUUGAUUUCUGUAUCAAAUGACUGUGUGCACAAACUCAUCUUUGUAGUAGAUACUGAAGACCAAGUCCUAGACCCAGAAUGAGCUCCUGAUUGUAAUUAUAUUCAAACGUAUGGCAUUUAAGUCCAAGAUCAUACUUUCUUCAGGGGCAGGAAUUUGUAUCAUGUUGUGUAAAGUGUUUUGGAUCCUAACUUCAUCAUAUCUACUGUACCGAACCAAUGUUACUAUUGUACCAUUCAGUCACAUAGCCAAUCGUAUCGUUUCUUUUCGUAUCGUUUCAUAUCAAAUUGUAUCUUUUAUCGUUCAGUAUCCUAACCAAUCCUAUAAUAUCAUAUUGUAUGGUUUCAUAUUGUAUUGUAAUGUUCAGUAUCGUAUCAUAUUGUAUUGUAUCGUAUUGUAUUAGAGUGUAUUAGACAGUAUCAUAUUGUUUAGUAUCAUAGCCAAUAGUAUCGUAUUGUAUUGUAUCAUAUCGUAUCAUAUCACAUCAUAUCGUAUUGUAUCGGGGUACAUAAAACAGUAUCGUAUCGUUCAGUAUCAUAGCCAAUCCUAUCAUAUCAUAUUGUAUGGUUUCGUAUUGUAUUGUAAUGUUCAGUAUGGUAUCAUAUCGUAUCAUAUCGUAUCGUAUCGUAUCGUAUCAUAUCAGGGUGUAUUAAACAGUAUUGUAUCAUUUAGUAUCAUAGCCAAUCUUAUCAUACCGUUUCAUAUCAUAAUGUUUCCAAUUGUAUCAUAUCGUAUUGGUCUGUAUCAGGGUGUAUUAUAUAGUGUCAUAUUGUUCAGUAUCAUACUAAAUCAGACUGUAUAGUAUCUUUCCAUAUCGUAUUGACACACAUCCUGUUGUAUUGUAUUAUAUAUUACAUGGUAUCGUAUCAUAUCUUUCUGUAUCCUAGUGUUUUAAAACAUCAAAAUGUUUCAUAUUGUAGUGCGUCAUAUAAUAACAUAAUGAUUCAUGCUGUAUCAUAACGUAACCUAACAAAUUCUACCAUAUCGAACUGCAUCAUAUCGUACUUUAUUGUAUAAUAUAGUAUUAAAUUUAUUUCACCAUACAUAUGAUGUUACAUAGUGUUUUAUACUCUGGUGUUUUGUAUAUUGUUGUAUCAUACUGUUUCAUAUGAUAUGAAGUACAUAGAAUGGUAAGUGAUAGCAUUGUAGUUUGUAUAAUACAGUAUAGUGACGUAUCAUAAGGUGUGUCUGAACAUAGUUUUUGUUAUCAUGUGUUUUAUCAUGUUGUGUCUCUGGUGUCAUAUCCUGUUGUAUUAUCAUACAGUUUAUCAUAGUGUAGUAUACUGGGUUGUGACAAAUCUCAUCUUGAUGCGGUCUUAAGUUUCAAACCAGACACCGCUCAGUACAUAGAUGUUUAACGCCUUCUUGUUACACCCUUUUAAAACAAGUUACCUCAAAGAUAAAGACUUUGUAAUAAUACCCCUUCAUGAACUCUUUGUACUGUGUUCCUGACAAACCUGUAAUGUCCCUCACUCACAUCAAGUUAACCGUGUAAGUUGGUCCAACAAGUUUUAGUUCACAAUAACAAUGAAGUCUUUUUAGAGCACCAACCUGUUUUAAUCUGAUCAGCUGUCCUCGGUAAGUGUAGGCAUGAGUGCGAGUUUACACCUUGUCUGUAUGUGUUCGGAGGAGGUGUACGUUUGACAAGCUGAUCUGAAGAGAGGCUGCUCACAACCUUUUGUUGUAUCUUUGUUGCUAUUUUUAGAGUCCUGCCCUCUUCAACUGCCGUACCUCGGCUAUUUACAGCGCUUCCCUGUAGUUUUGGCAGAGUGCUGUUGCUCUGUCAAAAGAUACAGUCUUUAUGUACUAUAAUUUAUGCGGUAUGACUCAAUUACAAAUAACUCAGUGUGUGAGCAUGAUAUUUAUGAAGCAAAAGGAGGACAGGCUGCCAAGAGAGAGACAAAUCACCACUCCAGAUUUCUGUCCACCAUUUUGAUUCAGCUGUUAUGGAAAAGGCAGAAGAUAUCGGACAUUUCUCAGACCGAUUACAAAUUUCAGAGCAUCCAUCUACUUCAGAACCAUUAACCUUGAACCGUGAUAGACAUGGAUGUCAUGUUUGAUCUCUCCUCAGGAUUACAUCCAUGGUAGAUAUGGAUGUCAUCAUAGACAUGGAUGUCACCCAUAGUUUAUUUGGAGGCGCUUUGAGGCCUCCAUCUAUCCUCACAAGGCCGCAAAGGUAAUGCCUGUCUUCAGAUCAGCUUGCAUAUUUUUUAAUAGGGGUGUCCUGAUCCGAUAUUGAUUUUGGAUAUUGGUCUGAUAUCGGCCAGAAAACAGAUAUCAGACCGAUAUCUAAAAUCUCAGAUUUCAGCACUCCGCUUUUUGCAGUCCAUUCCAGUCUCCGCUCCAGCAUUUCUAUCUAGCAGCGCCCGAAUCCGGCAGGCAGAGCCUACGUAAUCACAACAAAAGUUUGUACUGAGGUGCUAACAAAGUAGCAAGGUGUCAUAUUGGAAAUUUAAAAAAGUUGUAUUGGGACAUUCCUAUUUCUUAACCUUUGACUCGUGAAAAGUUUGGAUCAGCUUUGGACUGAGGAAUUUUUUUAAGCAUUGAGAGAUGUUUUUUUUUUUAUCUAUAUAAAAAAAAACCCAUCUUUCUUUGAUUUGGACUAAACACAACUCACCUACUCUCUUCCAGCAGCCGCUUGUUUGUAAGCGAGACCUCGGGCCGGUCCAUGACAGACUACAGCGGGGUGACGCAGCUCAAGGAAGAACAUUUACGAUCAUUACUUUAUAAUUUCCUUGAAGUAAUAAUCACCAUAUUAAUCAUUUUGCUCUGCAGACGCGGUAGUUCUUCUGCCUUAACGUCUCGGUCUGAUUGUAUUUCCAUGAAGAAAUGAUCAUAAAUGUUCUUCCUUGAGCUGCGUCACCCCACUGUAGUCUGUCAUGGACAGGUCUGAGGUCUCGCUUACAAACAAGCGGCUGCUGGAAGAGAGUAGGUGAGUUGUGUUUAGUCUCUUUGCUAAAGAAAUGAGUCAAAGUUAAAAAGAUGUUUGGUGGCUGUGACCCUAUAUGUCCUGUUGAUGAAGUUAGGUGCUGUUCUGAGCAUUAUUUGUGGCUAUAGAGUGGCGUUUUGAUUUAGGUUAGUUUAUGGCUCCUCAGACCGCUGUGUAUUACUAUCCUGCGGUCGUUACUAAAGUUGGUAUAACUUGAGUAGAGAAGCAACAUUCAUCUCUUGAGGGGGAGUCUAACUCGGUGUUACGGUGUGUUUGACCCUAAAUUAAUUUUGCGCCGGAAUGUCCCUUUAAUGAUGCUGACACUGAGCUUAAAAUAUGAAUCUGCAAGAUAGAUCAACUUUUGGACCAUCUGCUCGGUAUUUCAUAUGCAUGCAUCACAAAUCCUGAAAUAUCCCAUAUCUGCGUCUCUUGAGGCUACAGAAGAUAACAGAUCCUCCUCUCUUUCAUUCACAGGUAUGAAGGAUAGGGAGCUCUCGGAGACGUCCCAUGGGCAUGUUUGUCCUCUGGCCGUUCAGCCCGUGUGUCCCUGCUCUGCACACAGACACUCUCAGAGGGAGAAGAGAGACCGUCUAAAAAUAAACUGACUCUCACCACCAGCAGAACAACAAACCAAACCAACAAAUUCAAAAGGACAAAGAAGAGCUUCUUGUUUUCCUCUUUUACACCCUGUUUGACUCUCCCUCUUUGGUCUGUUUCUGUUCCUCCGUCCUCAUUUUGGCCUGAGAGGAGGUCAUGUCCCAGUCUGGUAAAGUCCUUCAUUUGUAUGUGGAAGUGAGGUCUGCCCCAGAUCAGAACGGAGGGAAAGGAGGGUUUGAGGAGAAAGACGAAGGGGGCGUUCAGGAACAUUCAGUCAAAGACACUCCAGCAGAACUCCUCUCUCAGCUGACAAACCAGACGAGCUGCAAGACCGCCAGCAAGACCUCCACCCCCCAACGUCUGGCUCAGGACUGCACACACACACACGGCGUAUCCCCCUCCAGGAACAGUGUUAGCUUUCAGCUCCAGCAGGGCAGCAGCUCUCCUAAAGUCAACAAGCGCUGGAGUGCACCCUGUGAUGGAGUCCACUCUCCCAAAAUGCUCUCUCCUGGAAAAGUGACUGUUCCUAAAUCAUCUCCUCACUGCCCGAGGUUCAAAGAGGGAGAGGUCAGCGAUGGUCAGCGGUCUGUGGUCACUUUUAGUUACAUCGAGAAGUCGAACGUGAAGACCAUGGACAGUCCACGCAACUCUGCACGCGAGAGAAGAACCCGGGAGGACAAAUCCAAUCCUUGUUAUUUUCGUAAAAGACUCAGCGACCCGGUUUGGUUUGGGAGUCCUGAUUCAUCGUGCAGCUCUAGUCCUAAACUGACCUUCAGAUCUCCUGGAAGUCACCAGCAGACGUUCUCUCCAGGCUUUCGCCAACCCCACUUGGACCCCAUCGGCAGGGCAGCUACCCAGAGGGCCGUGGAGGAGUUUGGCUCCCCUUUGUUGAGGAUCAAACUGGCUCACGCGCUCGAGAACAUCCCAUCUUCACGCUACAACCAACAGCCACGAUGUCAGUCCUGGGCGGGGUCCCCUGUUCAGCGUCAGAAUGUCAGGGUGAACCCCAAAAACCACGUCGCAGAGAGGAGCCAGGCUGUUUGCGGCUUUUGGAGUCCGGUAUCAGACAAGCUGUCCUCCAAAUCCAGGCAGUCUCCUCUUUGUAAACCUGAGUCCCAGAGUCCUCUUCACUGGUCAGGAGAGGACAGACCUGCAGGAGGGAGUCCAGCCAGCAGAAGACUCAUUCACAAGGCCUGUAACAGAAGCACUUCACCGCAGGGAGCAAUACUACAACUCGGCAAUAACGUUAUCGAGGGCUUGAACCAGUUAAGUGACAGUAAAUCUUCCUCUCCGACUCAGAGCCCUGAAGUCGCCCGCAGGCUCGCGGAGGAGGCCACAAAAGUCUCCUCCAUUUUCACAGAGGCGAGACGGUCCUCGUUGCACAACGCUUUGGGCGAGCCCGCGGGAGAAUCUCACACCUCAAACGCAACAAAUGCACAACAGUCUAAACAGACGCUCAAGAUGAACAUCCCUUUAAACGACCAACAGACGCCAGCAACCGACAACACUGAUUCUCACCAGCUUGAAAACUCCAGCGUUCAGUCUCAGACACAGGAAACAAACUCUCGAGUGAGUUUUGAGUCCAACCAGGUGGAGUUCAGUCAGAAACCCCGACAGCAGACCUCCAUUGUUUCAACGCCGCACAGCUCCCCCGCUAUUCCCUCACGAGUCUACCGCCCAUCUCAUCCUCCCACUGACCUCAGCUCACCCUUAAGGGAUCCAAGGUUACACCAAGCAGAACUGCGAGCACCUGAUACCCCAACUCUGCAUCGUCGUCAGCCCCCGCAGUACACUCGAGAAACCUGGACCCCCGUUGCAGACAGAGGAGACCUGAGCUGCUUUGAGAAAGGGGACUGCACUGAGCUGGCUCGGAGGCUCUGUAUCAAUCAGAGCGUCGAAGAGGCGCCGGUCAGCUGGACAUCCAGGCAGCAGUGGGGAGACCAUGAGGAAAAAAGCCCGGGUCCAAGCCCUGAGCCUGGAUCAGGGUCCGUCACAACUCAAACUACCAAUCGUCGAUCCAGUCGCCGUCGUAGGCCGCUCAGUCCCACGGCCCAGCAGAAACGUGCCGAGCAGAGACGGAGGGAGAUCCUGCUUCUGGGACCAGUCGCACUGGACUCUCCGGAUGAGGAUGAAGGCUGUGAUGAGGAGGGCGAGGGCGACGAGGUGGAUGGAUUCGGGGCGGAGCAUCAGUCAGGUCUGCAGAGGGCAGAGGAGCCUGUAGAGGGGGAGCAGAACGGGGGGAUGGGAGGGUCGUCUUCACGGAGCUCCAGUGGGGUGACGGGCAGCUUGGGCGACAGGGACUGUGUGUCCCCGGAGUCCAGUCAGUCGAGCCACCAGAGCAACGAGACCGGGGCCGCCACCUCAGGAAUACAGGUGAGCAGCAAACAGCUACAGCCCACAUUUCCCCUCCCAAAACUUUACAUAUUAAAGGUGUUGUAGUCAGGAUCUGAGGAAGUGCCAGGAGAAAUCUUAAAUGUAAAUGUAAUCCAGAAGCGUCCCCCAUCGUUUAUGUUGACCCGGCUUUUUAGCUCUUGUCCGGUCUACCUCCGUUUUAAGCGCCCGUUAUUCCUCCAGAGUCUCCGGUAUUUACUUUGUUUUAUUGCUUGUGUCGGCAGUCGUGGCCAAAGGAGGAUUCAGACAAUUUCCGAGCUUUCUGGUUGGUUUCUACUGUCCGAUAUUGUAGCACGCUAACUUUGUUUGGGGGAGCAGCGUCCGCCUCACAACCGAUCAGGUCGGGGGAGCGGGGAACGGCUUUGUUUACAGUCACAGCGAUAUCGUUAUAGAUGCCUCUUUAACGGAUUCCUGCCUACCCCACCUUUAAGCUUUUUUAGGCAUGAAACACAUAAAAAGAUUGAACAACAUUCAAAAUAACUUUUAAUGUUUUCACUGGUUUGUUGCCAAGAGGUUAUUUAGAAUUCCAGAGUCAAUCCGCGAGCUGUUAAGCUAGAUUUAGAGGUGUUAGCUUUAGCACUAGCUUAGCAUAAAUCUGGAAUUAUGGGAAACCUGCUAGCCUGGCGUGCAAUUUCAUGAGCUCAAUGUGUUAACUGUGUAAUUUCAGUGUCUAACAGAGCCAGGCUAACAGUCCCUGAUGCUCUCAGUUUUUAUGCUAAACUAAGCUAAUCCCCCUCUGGAUCAAGGUCAGGACUUCCUGCGCGUACAUCAGAGCGGUGUUGGUAACAAAGUCCAUGAAAGGAAGAUUAUUUACCAAAAUGUCUGACUUCCUUGUUAAUGCUGCACUGCAGAGCUAGUCUCUACUUUGCCAGUGUGUGUGAGAGUGUGUGUGUGUGUGUGUGUAUUUCAGACGGACAGUGGCUGUGCGGUGCCCGUGCCCUCCCUCCACUGCCAGAGGAUCGCUCGUGCCAAGUGGGAGUUUUUGUUCGGGACCCCUGCUGAGGAGGCUGCCAGCAGGGGGGAGAAAAGUGAGAGCAUGUCCACCUCAAUUUCAUCUCCUUACUGCUCUUUCAUCUCAGGCCAGAGUGGACCUUUUCUCUCCUUUUCUCCGGUCUUCACAAGAAAAUAUGACAGAGGAGCCUGAAAGAAAUGCUUAAUCUGGAUAAGUUUAAUAGCGGCCUGUCAGUGUGUGUAAUUUCUUCAGUGAUACUUCAUCCCGUGUGUCUUAUCUGGUAGAAAGGUGAAGCAUGAGGCAAGGAAGAUCCAGCUCAGCUCUGCACCAGGAUCAGAUCUGAGCACUGAAACUGAAUCUGUGAAAGUCUAAUAGUCUUAUUAACAUCAGUAAAAAUGUUGGUAACGCUUUCUUUUACGGUACACUUAUUACCAGGUAAUUGACAGGUAAUUACCUAGGAACAACAUGAAAUUAUAUGGUAAUUAUGGUAAAAAGCUAUUUGGGGUUCUUAUUUUCUAUGAUUGAAACUUGAUACAGCCUAUGGGUUUGCGAAGAUUGCGUAGCGAUACGCUGUUUGAGCCGACAAUGCGUACAAUUCUACUGCGCAAGUGGUGGUUCCAGGAAGCGGAGAAAAUCCUGGAAAUACCAGAGCAAUUCGGCUUCAAAUUAGUAUGAUGAUGGAAGGUUACCUACCUUGAAGCUAGACAGUAUUGACGUAGUAGUUAUCAUGUAAUUACCAGAUAAUGUCAUGUUGUUACUAGGUAAUUACCUGUUAAUUACCUGGUGAUAAGUGUACCGUAAAAGAAAGCGUUACCAAAAUGUUAAUUGGCUGUGCUCAGAGAUGCUUCAUAGAUGACAGGAGUGAUGCGUGUUUUCAGUCUGUCAGAGCCUGUAUGACCUCUCUGAAUAUCAUAAUCAUGUUCUGUAAAAUGUGUCUGAUUCAGAAAGACUUAAAACAACAAUACGAUCAUCAGCUGAAGAAUAAGACGGCUGAUGUGAUAAUAAAUGCCGCUCUCAGACCUCUUCACUAAAAAUAGUCAGCCUUAAUUUGGUCUGACCCAAAGGGAAGGGCUGCGCUCUGAUGAUCAGUUCGUGCCUUUAAUUACAAAGUGAACUAUAAAAGUGGAAGAUAUAUAAAUAUAUAUGAUAAAUAAGACCAAGAUAAAUACAGAAUUAAAGUUAGAUUUUUGUAAAUUCAAGGAUUGAACCUACAUGAAAAUUUGGAUGUAGAUAUUUAUAGAUAGAUAGAUAGAUAGAUAGAUAUGUGCAUACAUACAGUACAUAUAUAUAUAUUAAUAAAUAAGUAUGAUUAUGGUUAAAUGUAUCAUUAAAAGCGAUGUUUAUAGACAUGUAGAUAAGAUACAUAUACAAUGAUGCUAGACUCUAUUUGUAGAUUUAGAUAUAGAAAUAGAUAUGAAAUAUAGGUAUAUACAGAUACAUACGUACAUAAGUAUAUAGACAGAUAUAGAUUCAUAGAUAUGGGUUUAUAGAUAUAUAUUUACUAAUGGAAAGAUAGAAACCUACAUAGAAUGAUGAAUGUAGAUACAGAAUUAUUAAUCAGAUAGAUAGAUAGAUAUACACACAUAUAGAUAUUUAGAUAAAUACACAAAUGUAUAAAUGUAUUAUACAUACAGACACGUUGACACGUUGUUUAGAUACAUAUAAGAUGUAGAUAAAAUAGGUAUAUAGUCAGAUAGACAAAUAUAGAUUUAUAGAUUUUAGAUGUAGACUUUUACAGAUCUCUCUCUCUUUCUAUAUAUAUUUGUGAUAACAUAAUACUGCCUUUCCCUUCAGAUUCUCUGGAAACCUCCACAGCUCCUCCCAGUGGAAACUCCAGUGAGUCUCCCACCCCGACUCCCCCUUCCUCUCUACCUUUGCUCUCAGCCAAUCAUGAGGUCCAGCACGUGGAGGUAGAGCUGGUGACUCCUCCCCCAGCCGUUAUCGGGACUUCACCCAAAACCGGCAUCAUCAGGCGCACCUUAAAGUACUCAGAAACCGACCUGGACGCGGUUCCUCUUCGCUGCUACAGAGAGACGGACAUCGACGAGGUGCUGCUGGCUGAGCAGGAGGACGCGGACUCCGCGUUUGGGAGUAACCGCAGCGUUCAGGGCACCUCAGGGACAGGAAGCAGCCCGCUGGGAGGUCGGGUAAAGACGAACGGGAAGGAGGCUGAGGAAGGAGGAGAGGAAGGGGUGGAGGAAGAGGAGGAAGAUGAUGAUGAGGAAGAAGAAGAAGAUGAGGAGGAGAUGGUGAGCUGGGCCAGUGUGAGGAUGCAAGGAGACAACAGGAAGCAGCAGUCUGCAGCUGAGGAGGAGCCGGAGGUGUUUGGACAUCUUCUGAAGAGGUGAGAAAAAACACAGAAAUGAUGUAUUAAUGCUGAUCUGUGUGAGGUCAGGGUUGAAGCUUCAGGGUGUUUAUUUCAAACUAUCUAAAAACACACAAAGUUCACCGACUCUCCGAUGGAGCAGGAUUUUCCCCUGCCCUACAUUUUGGUCUCAUUUUGGACUUCACCCAUAACCUAUUUUUCAACUAGAUCACAAACAGGUUUGGUGGCCUUCAUGCAGGAAUUAAUCACCGCUCUCUGACGUCCUCGCAUGAAUAAACUCCAGAAAAGAAAAAGUUGUGCUCCUCUCGUACAGAUGUUUCUGUUGUUAAAGUGUUUAUUAGAGGAGAGAUGUGUUCUCGCAGCGUUUGUGAAUCCCGUUCUUCUCCGUCUUUUCUGUCCAGACCGAUGGAAACGUUCUUUGACAACCAUCAUCCGGCCCUGAAGUCCCCCAUCCUGGUCUCCGGUCCUCGUCUGGCAGCAGAAGACACCUUCAGCCGCCACUUUGAGAGCAUCAUGGAGUCUCACCGCGCCAAAGGGACAUCCUACAACAGCCUGGACAGCGAGGAGCUGCUCACAUCCAGCACCCAGACUGUCCUGACCUUUGACCUCCCCACACUAACCCCCGCUAUCCACGCUCCAGUUUGCCAGAGCGCCAGGCAGAUCGUGCAGCUCAGCUUCGCCCCGCUGGCACACGAUGAGAGGCCCAGUUUGUCUGACUCUAUCUUUACGGUGACGGGGGACUCAGACGCCACCAGAGCCCCGUCCAGCGAGAGGCUGAGCAGCGGGUCGGAUGACACGCCGCACAGAGGGCAAGAGUGUGGUCAGCUGGGGAGCAGCUGGUACAGCAACCUGUCCUUUACUUUACCGAGGUGAGUUCACAACACCAAGAGAUCAGCUGUCGGGGUGAAAUCAUGAAGCUUCAGGGUCUGUUUUUUAUUUUUGCAUCUUUAAAGCCUCAAACUCUGCAAAGAGUAAAAUCUGUCAAACUUAUAUUAUCCUGGUCAACAUCACUGACAUUCUCAAGCCGAAAACAUACAGGAUCCGUAUUUAGCAUGUUUCGUAUUUGCUCCGUAGAGCAGUGCCAUCUAUCCCAUACAGGAUGCAUAUUUUGAGCGUCGCAGCAGCGUAGUUCAGCCCCGGUCAGCUGGGCUCAGUAUAGAGGAAACAACAUUCUCACAACAGGUUGUUUUUUCUUUCUGUGGUCGAUUUCCUGCUAAUGUUGAUAUAAUUCAGUGACUGUCGAGCUUCUACUGUAUGUGAAAGAGUAACGUGAUUUUACAGUUUCUGUUGUUUUUGCAGGUUUACUCGUGUUUAAUAAAGUAAACUCUGUUCCUUUAUGCUGUUACCUUCAGACAGAGUUGGGGUCCACAUGGAUCAGGGAUUGACCAUCAGAUUGUUCUGUGUUACUGAUAAAUCCACGACACCUGACGCCUGACACCAAGUUGGGAGUUCCCAUAUGGUGUUUUAUUUUGAAAUACCGGAUGACAUGCGCGGUUUUCGUGCAUGACUUCCUGUCUAGAACGAUCUUCUCUGUGUGGAUUGACGCGCGUUGGAAGCGUAGAGCAGCAAAAAUAGACUCACCGCGUAUCUUUAGCAGAGCUGCUCUCGGUACGAUGCUGCGACGGAGCUGUUACGCGUCCUGUACGCUUUGCUGCAUUGAUUAGAAUAGAAACCUAUUUGCUGCGUGAUAGGCGACGCUGCUGCCACGCUCUAAAUACAAAUCCUGUGUGUUUUAGUCUUUAGUUUGAGUUAAAUAUUUGAGAAAAUUUCUCCAAAUCAUGUGCGUCAUGAACUAAAAAUAUAUUCAUACACUUUUAAUCGGAUGUUUUCUAUCAAAUAUUUUCACUUUAGCGCUGCAUGUUACUGUCAGAUGACUGUGCAUUGUCAGAGCUCCAGUAUGAUCCAGUCAUCUGAAAUGUAAAAAACACACAAACAAUUGAAUCAUUUUAUUCAGUACAAAACUCUGCAGACACAUCACUGACGUGCAAAGACAGGUCAACAAAUCCUCACUGUUAGAUCUGCAGACACGGCGCAACAUUUGCUUCAUUAGCUACAUUUACAAGUACGUUUAACAUGUCCCGCCUUUUUUCUGCUUUGUUUUGGUCUCCACCACCUUCUGAUGGACAUGUCUGCUUCCUCAGCUGCUUAUACUGCAAAAAAUCAGAAUUAAUCAGGUGUUUUUGUCCAGAUAAACUUCUCAUUUCAAAAUAUUACCACCAAAGAGACGUGAGCUGCUUGCACUUAGUAUAAACAACUCAGAUGUUAAUUUUUACUAAUUUUAUCAUUAAGUAACAAGUUAAUCUAGACUUGUCUUGGGAAUGGGGCCUUUUUAAAGUGUAUUGAGGUAGUUUUGACCAAAAUAAAACAUUACGCCUGCUUUGUUCUGGGUUUUUGUGGCGCAAAACUCCUGUGAGGAUCUUGGCUUCAUGUUUGAGCUGAUUUGGCGCCCCCUGGUGGACAAAGCUAAACCGUUUACAGUACAAUUUUGUUUUUACUUCAGCAAAAAAAUCUGAUCUUUCUCUGUUUCAGUGGAUAAAUGUUUCAAUCACUGAGAAUUUAUGCUGAAGGAAAUGUAAAAAAAAAAAAAUAUUUAGGAAAAUCCUGAGUUGAUGGAUUUUGGCUUUAAUUCCACAUGCAAGUUAAAGUCUGCAGAAAACUCCAUGUUGGUUUUGUUCUUGGCCUCAUUUUAUUUACUUUAUUUCUACAUUUUUUAAUGCUACAGAGACGUGUCACGCAAAGAGAUGCCGUCUGUCUAUUGUGUUUGAUUACAUCCGGGUAGUAGAGCUUUAAUGUACAGUGACGGCAGCUACGGACCAGAGCUUUAUUAGUCGUGUAAAAUUAAUUCUCACACCUGACACCCGCUCAAAUAUAGCUACAUAAGAGCAGUCAAUCUUCAGCAUUAAUUAGUGUAUUUGUUUCAUAACCACUUCACAGGAGCUUUCACACUUUUCUGUGAGCUCGGACUGUCAGAAAAUGACACUUUUGGACGCUGCGUGUUUUAAAAGGAUCCAGUCUUUGUCUGUUUUUACGAUCAGAAGCAGCAAAAAAAAUCUAGAAAAUGAAAGGAUCCACAGUUCUGUUUAAACAAGAGUGAGCAGCAGUGAUUGAGUGACAUAAACAACAAGUUAGAUAAGAUCUUGAAGUGCCUUUUUUGUUGCUGUAGUCUUGAAAGAAGUGUUAAAAUUUGUUUGUUCGAAGAAUUACAUCAAAAUGUGAAUUUUACUGGGAUAAAAAGAUCGUGAGACAUUUAGACGUCCACACGUUUACACCAAAUUUAGCCAUUUUAUUCCAGGACACUGUACCAAGCCUUGACGGUGGAUGUUAAGAAGUAGUUGUGAAGUAUUCGACAGUGUUGACAGCUGACAUGCAGAUGACCUGAGCAUCAGAGCGCCAGAGAAAAUCUGGGUCAUUUUUGUUGUUGCACAAAAUAUACUUUCUUGAAACUGUUUAGCUUUUCUGUAAAUUUAAAGUAUGAUCACACAGUCAUCACCUGACACACAUAUGUCUGUCUGAUUUUAAACACAGGGCAUGCAGAUAUGUUUGUCUUAUUGACGGGGUGUUGGGAGCCGUUGUUUAUUCCUGCGUUUUAUAGUUAAAGUGAUGUUCACAGACUUGUUAUCGGCUCCUGGCUAAGGUCAGUUCCCUGUUAAAGAGCCGCUGUCAGUCUCCAGAGUGUCUGUGUCUGAGCAGAGCCGUGCUGCAGUGCUAUUCUGGAGCUCAGAGUGAAGGUCGCUACAAGGCUGUGUGUGGUUCCUCUGCUGUGUGCCAGGCUGCCGCUCUGUGUGUGUGUGUGUGUGUGUGUGUGUGAGUGUGUGUGUGAUAUGUGAUUCCAUCUGUGCAUAUCCCCAUGUCUGCAUGUAUUUAGCUGUGUGCAUGCACCUGUGUCUGUAGGUGAAUUCUGAUGUGCAUGCUGUCUUGUUUGUGUGUGUAUAGGUGUGUGUGUGUGUGUGUGUGUGUGUGUGUGUGUGUGUGUGUGUACAAGGUCCAGGCAUGUCGACAGAGCAGAUGGCUGCUGCAGACUCACCUUGACUGUGUGAGUCUCAAAGACUUUAUUUUAACUCCUCACAGACUCCCAUCUGCAGCACAGGAGACUUCAUUUCCUUUGUCUCACUGUCGCAAAUCUCCGUCCAAUCGAAACACGAGCUUUCUUAAACUCGAUAUGAAUCUGCCGAAGCGAUGGCAGAAAGCCGGGACAUCUAUAUCUCUGAUUUCUUCUUCUCCUGAGUGACAGUGAGGUAGACCAGCUCUGGAGAUGUCAUCCUAACUUAGUGUGACAGCACUGCAGAGGCAGUGACUGCACCGAGUUACCGUGCUGCUUUCACCACAAGGUGGCAGAAGAGGACAGCAGUUACUCUGUCAAGAGUUUUUCAAUGAGAGUGCAAACAAACAGAGGUGCUGUAUUUCUGUGAAGGUAAAACUGAAGACUCCAUGAAGCUGCAGAAAUACUUAGGUUGAAGUACAGAUACUUACAAGACACUAAGGAUGUAGUACAAGUACUUAUUAAACUUCUUUGCUAAAUAAAAAUAGUCCAGUAAAACAGAUUUGUUUCUACAUCUCAUAUUUGGAAGACAUGCAAACUUUAAUCAUCGUCUAAAUAAAACCUUUUGGAGAAAAUUGUAAACAUUAAAUAGGCUUGAAUUAAAGGUACAGUAAGUAGUAUUUAGCUGCAUUUGUCAGAACAGACUCGUAUAUAUGUUCCUAAACAUGAUUAAAUUAGGAUUUAACUUCAUGAUUAUAAAAAUCUUUUAUUUUUGUCAACUAAGACCGAGCAUCUUAAAUCAGGAAAGAAGAGGGUACCUUUCCAUGAAGCCGUUUUUCUACGGUAGCAAAGAAGGGACAAACUAGUAUCAUAUGCUUUUUUGUGACUGGCUGUGUGAAAUGUGUGAAACACUUGAAAGCUAAAGAAGAGGAAGAAAGUGGUUGUUGAGGGUCAUACUUAAGAUGCAUCUCAAGAGCUUUUUGUCCUUAAAGGCCACCAUCACUUCACCGGCAUGAGGGGUGAGCAAGGGGGCAUUUCAAUCGAGAACCUGAACCCAUUUCUACACACUGUACCGUUAAUAGGAAACAACACAGUAGAUGACCUGCUGACCUGACCCCUUAAUAAAAAAUAAACAUUUGACUACAGAAUAUACAUAUUUAGAUAAGAACACGUAUCUAAAUAUGGACUCUGCAGGACAGAGACACUUGUUUAUUAUGUCCACUUGGGGUCAAACUUCACUUUAAAACGACUCUUUAAAGGACAAAAAUAAAGGAACUUUCCCUUUAAGACAAAACUGACGGAGCAGAAAGUGAAGAUAUUUGAAGGGUGAAGCUGAAAGGCGUCAGCAAAAUAAACACUCAGGUAACGUAUGGGUUACAGAUUUCACUUUGUAACGCCUCAUCUCUGAGCACGGCAGAGUUCAGAGCAGCUAAAAAGAGACACGUCAUUCAGUCUGAAGUUUCAGUGUUGAAUUCAUGGAUUCUCCUUUAAAGGUUAACCAGGGCGGCUUCAUUCUUCCUUUCUUUUCACCCCUUUUGUGUGUCUUUUAAACACAAACUCACAGUGUUGUCUCUCCGCCUCCUGAUAAAGCUCUUCAUAUGAGAACCAAAUCGCGCUGGGCUGGCUCAGGUAAAUGUUUGCUCUGCGCUGAUCUUAUCUUGGUUUUUAUAACCGGCCCAAACUCUGGCAGCCCUGGAGCUGAGGAAUCCGGGAGCGAGACGACCGGACAAAUAUUUCUGAGGGCUUGUCCAUACUUUGAUAAAAGUUGGAAUUUCAGCCCUCUCCUCCUCCUCCUCCUCCUCCUCUUCCCCGAGCAUCAGCCUUUUCAGAUGCUCUGUGCCAUUAGACAGUGGCUCAUUGUGCAGGGCUGCCCAGUGGACUGAGAGGGGGUGUAAUUAUGUGAGGGAUACCGUUAAAGCAGAGGCUGACACCGGUGAAUUCUCCCAGGACCUCUCUGCAUUGUGCCGGCUCUUCGCAAAACAAUACGAACAGGUGGCGCGGCCUAAACCGGAGCGAUUAUGAAAGCUGCUGCAGGCCCUGAUGUGAGCGUGUGCUGUAAACAGACUCCACAGACGCAGACAAAAGGCCAACUUUUUAUUCCUCUGGGCAGUUUAGAGGCACACACCCAGGAGAUAUCCCUGCGAGUUCACACCUGACACCUCCUAUCUUUGUUUUCUCCGGAGGUGAGACCACAAACACGGUCGGCAGGAAUGCGUACAACACCCAGAGGAUGCACAAACCGAGCGUGUGUAAUUGGAGAAAGAGGGGGAACGAAUGAGUGAGGGAGGGGAGUUUUAGGCUACGGACAAGCCAAGUUUCAUGCCAUGCUUCGAAUCCAAGGUCAGUGGGGGACAGUGAGCGUUUACACAGUGGAACAGGGCGGGAGAAAGAGGGAGGGAGGGAGGGAGGGAGGGAGGGAGGGAGGGAACAGAAACAAACAGACUCAGAGGGAAAAAGAUAGAGGAGGAGAGGCAUUGCAGGACAAACAGCUCUUUUACUUUGGGGGGGGGGGCAGGAACCUCGCUGUGAAGAUCAAAUGACAGCAAACACAGAGGGAGAGUGAGAAAGGGGGACUCGGGAAGUCUCAGUCAGACUCUGGGAGCGAGAAGACCGAGCAGAGGAAUGUCGGGCCUGUUCAGAGCCAGUUCAGGUGUGCUUUAGCUCGCACUAAAGACGGACGGUGAUGCGUUCAGGUGCCCAGACCAGGAGGAGAGGAGGAGGAGGAGGAGGAGGUGGAGGAGGAGGAGGAGGUGGGGUGGUGGUGCAUGCUGGCAGUCGAAGGCGAGGUGUCCAUCAGGGGACGGCAGUGAGGACGCCGUCUGUCUUCUGCUGUAACGGCUCCUCUGCAGUCGGAGAGGAGAGGUUUUUGUCAAUGAGGCGGUCUUGUCACAGGUACGUCCCCUCACAGGAAGUGGUUUUUCCUGAGGGUUCGAAUGUCACAUUUGGACAGACGGAGCUCCGAGAUUCAUCAGACUGAGUUUAUCUGUUUAUUUUCUCCUUCUUUGUGGAAACAGAGCAGACCUUUUACAGCAAACUGAAGGACUUUUAAUUCUGUAAUAUCAAAAAUAGUGUUUGUUUUGUUCUUGUCUCGGUUUAAACUGUAAAAACAGGAGCCCCCCUCAUACAGCCUCACUUCUGUUAAAUCGAUGGUUUGUGAAUCAUUUGAAGCUGUUAUUUGGUCAAAAAUAGUACAAAGUUUACCACUGUGAUGAAACUCCUCUACUUUUAACAACUCUUUAAAUGUUUGAGAACGGUGGAGACCCGUUUCUGAAGUCGUCUGAAGAGUUCAGGGACGAUUUUUGUGUCAUGAUGUGUCAAAUGUUUUCAUUCAGUGACAAGCCCAGACUGCAGACAGGCCAGUUAAACAUGUGGACCCUUCUACUUCAGAGCCAUACCGUCUCCUGUCAUGAUCAGCUGAUGUUCUGCGGGCUGAGUUUGACUCUCGUGUCUGGACUGAACGUUUAUCUCAUGUGUUCACUGACGCUGGUGUUUGGAGGUGAUUUUGAUCCAGUUUCUGUGUUUCCUCUGAACUUUGUGAACCCAGAGUCGUUCAUCCAGCCCUCUGAACUCUCCUCCAGCGCCCGCUUGUGUUGUUAAUCGCUGUUUGCUCUGAUGUGGUUUCGUCUGACUCACGUACAGUAUGAAGAUGUGUAAGUGUGGGAAGCUGCCGAGCUCGGGGGGACUGUGGGUUUUCUUGGCUUGUCCCUCAUGCUGAGAAAUCCAAAUGAGAGCUCUUCUUGUUCAGGAAGUGUUUUCAGCUCUCAGCUGUUGGGCCGCUGUUGUUUUCUCCGGAUGGCCGGCGUGACCAGAAUGGACACUCAGCUCUUGACAAAUGUCAGGGUCUUAUUGAAUUCUAAGUAUCUGAACCCGGAGACCUCGUUCCUGUCAUCCGUGUUCGAACAGGAGCUGGAAAGAAACUCUCUUUUAGCUCCGAGUGACAUAACACGCUUAAAUUAUUAUCAGAGAGUCACUCAGAUGUAAUAAGUUUUGCACUUCUGAACUGGCUCAUGCUUUGAAGGGGCUUAAUGAGGGAGUGAUAACAGAGACGGCUGGAGAAAGUGGAGAUUUGUGUGCAGUUAUUAGAGAGUAUAAUCCUGUGGAGUGUUUGGAUAUUUCACUGUAGACUGUUUGCAUGUUUUCUCUCAUGGUCUAAACUGAAUAACCACAAAAUACUAGCUCUGUUUACUACAAUCCUUCACAUUUGUGUCACCUAUUUCCCUCUUUUACACCUCUUCAUUUUCCUGCCUCUCUUCAUUCCACUUUUCAGCACGAUCAGCGCUGCAGAGAUCAUCUAUUUGCAUUAUUAAAUUACUGAUUUACUGACGAUGUUCGUUUUUAUUAUCUCUCUCAUUCUUUCUUCCUCCUCUUUCCUUUUCAAUUAUUCACCGAUCCUGCCCCGCCUCCCUCUCAAUAAGCUCUAAAUGUUCCUUCACCAUCUUUUCCAGUCCUUCAGACAUCCUUUCAGUCUGUUUGUGUCUGAUUUUUUUAACAGCCGCACAUCUCCGCUGUCUACGCGCUCUCUCAGCAGGGACAAGGCUCGUCUGGCGACGGAUUCUGAGCUGGACCAGGACCUCAGUGACCGGCUCGGUCUGGGGAGCAGCGACACCCUCACCAACGGCAGCAACCGCGCUGACGUGGCCGCCGCCAAACGUCUGGCCAAGCGUCUCUUUAACCUUGAUGGCUUCAGGAAGUCUGAUGUGGCUCGACACCUCAGCAAAAAGUGAGUUGAAGGAGAUGUAUUGUUGUUGUUACAAAGUUUGGACACCCCGAAAUCUUGGACCUGAGGCUCACAGACGUGUUUUAUUUAAGUUCAUACAAACGUACCAACAAACAGCUUUGAACGCCACAGGAAUGAACUUUAAUAAACGACCACUGCUGCUCUAAAACACGUGUACACGUCUAAAACACACUGAUGUUUUUUUAAUGAAUGAAGUCCACUCGUGCAGCUUCACUCUCAUGGAUUCGUACCUGUGCCCCCUGUGACGGCUGUGUUUCAGCAGAUCUACAUUCUUCCCACACUGCUGCAGGAUCAGCCCGUCAGUCUGUCAGCUGCUCCUCGUACUGAUGAGAAAGAAUUUGGGAUUAAAGGGUUUCCUCACUUUCUGAAGGAUGGACUCUGUGAAUUUUCUUUUUCCUGGCCUUGAGUCUGAAUCUCCAGCUGACGCUCUGUCCACACACACACACACACACACACACACACACACACACACACACACACACACUGACUGACAGAUCAAACUGAGGCCGUUCGCUGAGCUCAGGAAACGUUUGAGUGUCUGAUUGACAUUUUGUGCUCAUAUUGUCAGUUUCAUCCUGUUUUUUUUUCCCCCUCUUUUUUUGUCUCCAUCCACAGCAACGAUUUCAGCCGUAUGGUAGCAGAAGAGUAUCUGAGCUUCUUCAACUUCACAGGCCUCACUUUGGACCAAGCUCUGAGGUGAGAACAUGAAGAAAAAAUACACUUUCAAAUACUUCAGAUUACUUAUUUCUAUCACAACGUUCAUGUAAAACCAGUGAAGGCAGCUUUACAUACAAAUACUGUUAGAUAGAAGCAUUAAUAUUGACAGUAAACAGGGGAAAGACUUUAGUGUUAAAUACUGCCCUCCUGUGGGCAGCUUUGGACUUGCAUGUACAGUAAAAAAACAUCAUGUACAGUGAUUUAUUGUGGGCACUUUGUGUACCUUUUUAAAACUGAAGUUCAAACUGUAUUUCUUGUGUUUCAGUUUUGCCGUCUUAAAUAUUUUAGGUCUGAAUUUCAUCUGUUUUAACUCCACUGGACUUUAUUUAUACAUACAGAACAUUUCAUAGACUUUAUUGAUCACUGAAGGGAAGCUGGAUAUUUUAAGGUUUUAAUUUAAAAUAAACAAAAGAAAAGGUCGAUAAAAUAAAAAGUUCUCUUUUAUUUCUUCACAAUAAAUGAUUAUUUUGGCUGUCAGAAGUUUGCAGGAUGAGAUUAAGAUGCUAAGAGGACAAGAUAGGCAGAGACAGUUUAGUCCACAGGGGGCGCCAAAUUUGACACAAACUAAAAAAUCAGUCUAAAAAGUCUUUAAAAUUUCUCCAAAUUGAAUGUUGCCUUUUUAAGAUAGUAAACCAUCAGGUCAUUUUUUGUUUUUAUAGUCAAAUAGGAACUAUUUUAAGUCUGCACCUGUCGACUCAGAACGCACAGUUUGAAAUGCACAUGCAAAAAGAUCAGUAUUAUACCCUAGGAACAUAUAUGAUUCAUUCAUAACAUGAAAAACAAAUACAUAUAAACCUUAAAUGACAUGAUCUGUGAACGUUUUCCAUCUGUUUCUGCUGAUUACCUUCAAUCACAUAAAAAUAAUAAUAAUCAAAAAUGUUUAUUCAAUACAGCCAGACUGUUACCACAGAGUUACAUAACUUCAAGAUGUUUUUACAUCUUAAUGAGAACAAAGAGAUGAUCCACAGCCGUGUAAUCCUGCGUAUUAACCUCUUUAUUAGUCAUUGUUUUUGAUCAGUAGCUGCUUUUUGGACAUUUCUGGUGGAUCAAAAUGCUGAUUUCAGUUUUAAAACAGUCACUUUUAACACAUAAUAGAUGAGUACGUGUUAAAGAUCUGCUGACCGUCUGAGUGUGUUUGUGUCUGCAGGACUUUCCUCAGGCAGUUCGCCCUGGUGGGGGAGACUCAGGAGAGGGAGAGGGUGCUGUCACACUUCUCUAAGCGUUAUUUGGACUGCAACCCAAGAGUCAUACCAUCAGAGGGUGAGGACUGCAGAGAAGCGUUUCCGAGCACCAGCAUUGAAAAAAGAAAAAGAAAAAACGGAGAAAGCAAUAUCCGCCCCUGAACAUUAAAUACUCUGGAGCCAUAUUUAAAGAGCCAGUCAUCCAUAUUUUAUAAUAAAGAUGUAAAAGCAGUGUGUUCUGUGAGAGCUUUCACCUGAAUCCUGCAGCUCUCUUUGGUUACACUCAGCUUUUUUAUCGAUUUUGUGCUGGCAGUUUAGUUUUUCACCCCUCUGUUCGCGCUCAGUGCUCUCAUGAGGUUGUUUUUGGCCACAGCAGGCGGCUUGUUUCAGAGAACGAGCUCUAAAACCUUCGCUGUAUACUAUCUGUCAAAAGCAAACAGCAGACUGGCACAUUGAGAGACAACCUGAGGAGGAUUUAGCUGCUGGUGGACUAAAAAUAUCACUCUGGAGUUGAUAGAGACCGAAACUUGAGUUCGCAGCUUUGUAAAUGAUAAACAUGUAGAAGGUAAAGUUUGCAGAGUUAGCCAAGUAAAAAAAAAAGAUGUAUCAGUGCUGUUUCCAUGGCUAAAACUUGUAUUUUCACUACUGCAGUGAAAAGGAAGGAUGUUUUAACUUAAUUUACUCUAAAACUGAUGUACCUGCCGGACAUUGGCGAAUUGAAAAUUGUCUGAGUUUUGUGAGUGAUGUAUCCUUGAACUGUUACACAAAAAUAACCACAAAACUGACCGUUUUAAAGCGAAAAAGAUCAUAACAAGAACUAAAACCAUAACACACAAAUCAGGGGGAACCACUGAACAUUGAAAACAGAACUUUUGUAAAUAAAAGCAGAUAGGUGUGUUCAUAAAAGCUAAACUAUAGGGGACCCAGUAUGGAGCCUUGUGGAACACCAUACUGUAUAUCCUAUAUACUGCAUUGUAUGUUGGGUUCAUUAUGCUCAAUCAUGAUCAGUAAUGCAAUGAAAUUUAAGCUCAGUUGUUAACAUAAAUAAGGUUUUUUUUCUGUAGGAUGUAAAACAAGUUAGUUUCUUAGUUAGUGUCUGGUGUCUGAAAAAGACGGUUUAGGAAAUCUAAAUUUCGCUGGAGUGAUUGCUAGUAGCUAACAUUAAUCAAUACCAGCUCUGUUUAACAUUUAAAAGCUUUUUAAUUGUCCAUUAUUGUCUAUUGACAUCAUCCGCCAGACAAAACCGGAAUUAAAAAAUGUAAUUUUUAAACAUCUGUACAGUUCUAGUUAUUUUUAUUUUUUGUCUCUUUUUCUGCUUUUGUACAAUAGCAGCUGUGCUAGCUUGGAAAAGCUUACAAUUAAGACAAUUCAGUACAGAUAUUAGGAGAACAUCAGUUUUUAUUUACAUUUAAUAGUUUUUAUUUUGUUUGAGGUUUCAUUUUGAUGAAUAAGCUAAUGCUGGUUUUGUGUUUUUACCCUUUAGAUGCAGUUCACACUCUCACCUGUGCCCUGAUGCUGCUGAACACAGAUCUACAUGGACAAGUGAGUCAAAUCUAAAAAUAGAUGAACAUUUUCUGUGUUUGGAGUUUUGUACGACAUGUUAAAGGAUGUUAGCCUCUGGACUGUGCGGUCCCUUAUGUUUAACUUUUGAGUUUGGGGAGUGUAAGACCGAUCAUGGUCUGAUCCGGGUCUGCAGUCCUUCUCUCUGAGCCUCUUUCACCAUCAUUAAUCUGCUCCUAUUAUAAUCAGAGCUUCUUCUGCAAAUCUGAGCGAUUGUUCGCUCUCCUCGCUGACAGUUCAGCUCUCUCACCAUCUUCAUCAUUGUGAUCACAGUUACAGGCUGUGACUUUUUAUUUUUAAGCUUCACUUCAGUGAUCGUUUCUGAAGUUAUGAAAAAACCCUGUGAAUGUGCCUGAGCCCGUUACAACAUGAAGAAACGGCUUCUUUUUAGAGACCAACGGUACAAAGUUUGACUGGAGAAAAAAAGCAAAAUAAUUAAUUUCCCUUUUUUCUGAAAAUGUCUGAAACAAUUCUGAUGUUCACAGAAUAUUUUGGUAUUAUGAUUUUAGUUUAUGAAGGACUUCUUGAAGAGUAUCUUUAUUUUAUAACAAGCCCACAGUUUUUUAAUUGUCUUUUUGUAGAGAAAUGAAUCUUGGUCUCAAGAAUAUGAAUUAAUGCGUCAACAUAACCAGAUAUAAAGAGUCUGAAAAUAGAUCUUUAAACAUAUUUUUAAUUUGAUGCAAAAAUGAAACUGUAUAUUCUGAAUUAUUUUGCACUCAACAGCCUCUAUUCUAUAUUAUUGUACAUCUUCGUUAAAUACUCGAUUCUAAUUGGUCGAUAGCCGUCUCAACGGCAACAGUCUGUUACUCCUUAACUUCCCUGUUGCCAUGGAUACAGCUGUAAUCACACGCAGUGGUGGUCUAACUGCAGUUGUAACAUCUGCUGAAAUAACAGGUGGUUGGAUCGAUUUCAGUUUGUUUACUGCAGGAAAAAAAGAAAAGAGACAAAUGCCGCGGAGAAAAAGUUUUAUCUUGUCACAAUAUUCUGGUAUUAACGAUAAUUGUCGACUGAAAAAAGUAAAAUAUUGAUAUUGUGUUUAAAAUGAACAAAUAGUAACGCUGUGACUAAACAGUAGUGGUCCUUUAUGCUGGUCGCCACACGUCUCUAAAUGGGGAAUAGAUGAAGAAGUAACGGACUGCCAGUGAGCUAGCUUUAGCUUUAGCAGCCGUCUCAGAGAUGAUUUAUUCAAGAUUUAUUUAUUUUGAGUCAAAAAACAACGUCAGGUUACUAAUCAUUUAAACAGCUUCACUUUCUAACUGCUACUUUUACUGUUACUUCAAAAUAAAAGCAUGUUUAUAAACACGGGAUAUACAGAUAGAAGAUAGAACAAAAUAUCAAAAUAAAAGCAUGACAUAGAAUAGUUUAUCGAGGAGAUGUCUCUCAGUUUGUGGAGAAUCGUCAAUUUGAAUAUAAUUCGACAUGAAUGAUGACAUUUAAGUUCACUACUGUCUAUUUACUGUAAAAUAUUGUGUUAGUUUUCUUUUCUUUUUUGUAUUUUGGAUGUAAAGAAAUAAACACAAACAUUUAAAGUCAAAUAUCGAGGGAAGGAAGUUGAUAAGAUUUUGUCGAUAUCAAUGCCAUUAUUGAUUCUGCUUAUCGAUUCAGUUCCUUAACGAAUCCCUUAUCCGUGCCUUUCUUUGAUUUAAAAAAAAACAUAUACUUUGGUUUUCACCUUUAACUCAAAAUUGUAUUGAGUCUCUGAUAACAGUAGUCUAAAAAUAAUCAAACGACAAACUAUUAGUACAGCGUUUACUUCAGUCGGUAGUAAGUCAAACUAGGGUGACCAUAUUCUGGAUCCCCAAAAAGAGGACAUUACUGAGCAGUGUCGCACGCAAAAUUUCAAGGGUUUUGACGUGCUUCUGACUCAGUUAGUCCAAGUCUGCCAUGCAUUGUGCUUAUGUUAACACAGGACAUGCGUACCUUCCAUGCCGUUGCUGAAAAGAAUCAUUAAGAUGAAAUGUAAACGAUGUCGACGGAUUGAACCAUUCGGAACCGAUUCUCAACAAGAACCGGUUCUCGACUCCCAUCCCUACAAAUAUCUCUCCUCCUUGGACAGCUGGUAUCAGAAAAAGAGAAUAAGGAGGUGUUAAAAUGAACUAAAAGUGAAUUUAUAUUUCUCUUUUUUUUUUUUCAAGAAUAUUGGCAAGAGGAUGUCGUGCACGCAGUUCAUCUGCAACCUGGAGGGACUGAACGACGGCCAAGAUUUUCACAAGGAUCUGCUCAAAGUAAGCUCCUGUCGGGUCUAAAAUAGCGCACACAUACAUGCACAUGCUGUCACAUUCAGACCCACCGUCCCAAAUGUGAGCGAGCAGCUCUUGCCAGCAUUGUAUUGUCCCUCAGAUCUGUGCGACUGAGCCUGGCUGUCUGGCCCGCGCUCAGUGCCAGCUGGCGUUCGCCUCGUCUCCGGGGGCCUCCAAUCAGAGUCCUGCCUGGGCUCCUGGACUUCCCGGUGCUCUUGGGCUGGAAGACUUAUUGUUAUGUGAUUUGGAGACACAGCGAACGAGACCCAGUGGCCCUCUGGGUAUCUGCGUGUGACUACAGCAGCAUUAGCUUCGGCUAUUAGCGAAUCGCAGUCAAGUUUGGUAGCAAAAGAUCGUGAUCCAUCAGACAGGGUUCAGACGGAGGCCUGGGGCCGCGUGAUGUGGCGAAAUAACCCAAUCAGCGGGGCGGCCUGUCCAUUCGCUCUCCUAAUGAUGAUGCUGUUGAUUAGUUUUGUCUGCAGAGCGGUCCGUCAGCGUGCCACAGAGCCCCAGAGUGCGAGUCAACAGGUUGUAAUGGGGUUUUUAUAAUGCAUGAGGGAAAGAGAGGCCACGGCGUCCACAGCGAUGACGGGAAUGAAUUCACAAAUGAAAAGCUGCGUGUUACUGAGUCCAUCCUGAGGCCAUGUGACCGGCAGCCAUGCUAGGUCUUGUAGACCUGCACUGGCUGUUUUAUUCAUGCUUUUUUAUGGAUCCAGGAGCAGCCCCUCUUUUUAAUCAUGCUGAGAUCUUUUAUCCUCUUUCUCUCUCAUUGAGACUCUCCUCUUCCUCUUCCUCUCCCUCCAGCGACUCUCUCUAUUCUCUCACUCUGUUGUUCUCUGAUUCUCUAAAUGUUCAGACUGCCGCUCUCUCUGGCUCCUUAUCGUCGCUCUGUUAAGCUCUGGUGGAGUUUAAUGUCUUAUCUCUGGACUGUGUCUCUCUCUGCUAACUUUAUCUGCUCUCUUUAACCUCCACCCAGUCCUGCUCUCUUUUCUUUUCUUCUUUUCGCUCUUUCCUAUAAAUCUUUGUUCCCCUCCUUUCAUUUCCUGCACGGUGUUUAUUAACUAUUCAUAUUUCCAUCACUGAGUUAAUUUUUCAUGAGCAUUUUUCAAAAGUUUUCCUAAUUUGUUUCAAGCUAUUGAUUUGUUGAAAUGUCAAUGAUGAAGUUUUAAUGGGAGUGCAAGAACCUGCAGUUCUUUAAGCGUCCACUUGAGGGUGUCCUCAAAAGAGGAAGAAACCCAUGAGAAAGUUUCCCAGCAGGAUUAAUCAUGUUUUCAGAUCUUUAUGCCUCACUUAUUUAUUCAGGAGGACUGUACAGAAGCGUACCUUUUUGUCCAUUUCUAAAACAUAAAGAUUAAAUCCUCAUUUAUGCUCUUUUAUAAGUGUAUGAACACAGUCUGAGCCUUCUGCCUCUGCUUUAUGGUCACGGCCUCUGCAUAUUUGCACAUUUUCUGGAAGCUUUCAGAUGUGGAAACACUGCAGUACCGCCAAAAAACAUGGGGGCAGCGUUGAGCUCUUUAGUUCAAACCAGACCAACUAAACAUUGUGAAGAAGAAUACUUCGAUUUGUGUUGAACACCAAGUGUUAUGUUCUUCCUUUAACUGCGUCACCCCACUGUAGUCCGUAAUGGACUGGCCGGAGGUAUCGCUACAAACAAGCGGCUGCUGGAAGAGAGUAGGUGAGUUGUGUUUAGUCACUUUGCUAAAGCUAAAAAGAUGUUUGGUGGCUAGUACUUUGGCUAGGAUCCUUUAUGUACUGUUGAUGAAGUUAGGUGCUGUUCUGAGCAUUAUUUGUGGUUAUAGAGUGGCGUUUUGGUUGAGGUUUGUUUAUGGCUCCUCAGACCGCUGUGUAUUGCUAUCGUGCGGUCGUUACUGAAGUUGGUUUAACUAGAGAAGCAAGCAGUCGGCAACAUUCAUCUCUUGACGGGGUGUCUAACUCUGUGUGUGUUUGACCCUUGAUUAAUUUUACGCUGAAAUAUCUCUUUAAGAUUUUUCUGACGCUUUUCUACUGUAAUUCAGAAACAUGACAGUGGGUGGAGCAGAAAACCAAGGCCAUCCACUUUUAGGACUUUAACUUCUGUACAUGGGACACACGAUUUACCACGAAGCCUAAAAACACAGAGUCUCCAGCUAAAUAACCUCAGACUGGUUAGCAAAUGUGAGCAGAACAAAGAGGGUUUGGACCUCCAACACCGAACAAAUCUGAGUUGGGAAAAUUCAUUAUCAUAUUACAGUGGCCCAGUUUUUGGGGUUAAGUCAAAAUAGAAGUGGAAAGAGAGGAGGUGAAAGACAUCCUGUGUAGUGCCGUCCUUUUUUAAAAUCCAAAUUUAGAGCCUUCAAUCGAACUUUGGGGAGAAGUUUGUGUUCAAACUGUAAUUAGUCUGUCGAAUUAAGCCAUCUGGAGUAGCUUGAUCCAGCAGAGGAUGCUUUUGUCGUAACCUGACCAUCGCAUAGCACUCUUGAUGAUUUUGAUAAAUUUCUACAAAAAUGAAGGACGUUCGCUGCAAUCAAAGUCAUCCUAAGCAGAUUUGAGAAGUGGUUUGUGAAAGUGAGGUAAAAGACAAAGAUAGGGAUGUACGCAGACUCUACCAAUCAGCUGUCUUACAGGUCUGCAGGCUCACCUGUGAGGGAGCAGAGGACUCUGUGCAGCAGGUAAUAUUAAAAGGAGGGCUGCACUCAGUCCUGAUCGAAUCGUAGACUUGUGAUGUCGUUGUACCCUUUAGGUUUCCAGCUGGUUGUUGGUAAAUAUAUCGUCUUCUUCCUUUCUUUGACAUUUUCUGUUUUUGAGCAUCAGCGUGUCGUCUACCCUCAUCUCAUUUAGAGCAAUCAGCUGAUGGAACAGAAAGUCAGACCAGCAACGAGCUCUGUAAUAUCAUUGACGAUAAAAAGUCUGAGGUUGCCAAGCUUACAGUAACUGCAACUUGUCUUAAUUUGCAUCUGCUCUGAAAUGUGUAAAUCUCUGUGGUUUCUUUUGUUGUUGCAGCCUGUUGUGUGAAGGUUAGCUGAGUUAAACCAAUCACAGACAAAUCGCUGUCGAAUAUCUGAACGAGUUUCUCCAAAUCUGAACUCAGAGACCCCUCUGCUCUCCUCUCACUUGUUUUCCCUCUCCUCACUUUCCCUCUGUGAUUGCUCCAUCAUUUCCUGCUGCCAAAUGACUGCCAUUCCUCGCCCCCCGCCAACCUCGUAUCCCUCAUUUCCUCCUCUCAUUCCCCGCUCUCCCAUUUCCCCUCUUCAUGUCUGGUGUCUGUGUUUGUAUGUGCUGUAAAUACAUUAAGAGAGAGCCAUAGAAAUCCCUCACUCUGUCUCAUUUUCUCCCCAACGACAACAAUGACACAUUUCUCACCCGCUGUCCCAGACGCAGCUCUUGUUUUCUCUGUCACCGUUUUGCCACAGCAUCACGGCGCCCAUUGUGCUUCUAUCACCACUUCGCUUCGUUUCUCCGACGUCCUUCUGUCGCUCUUAUCGUUUGGUUGACGAUAAACCAGAACGUGGUGUAUGUUUUAUGUGACGGAAAAGGACCAGUUAAUCCCAUCGUAACCUUUAACCUCACAGCUGAAAUCAAAGCGCUGAAGUUUGAUCAUCUGAAUCCAUCUUUACCCACAGAGCGAUGAGAUAACUCACCAUAUGUUGAAGUUUUACUCAUAAAGAAACGCUGCAGCGGUGCUUCAAUAUUAAGCCCUGUAGCUAAAACAGAAAUCAGCUGCCUGCUGGACUGAGAAAUAAUGAGGGGCUGCAUCCCCCCGACUCUUCCCGCCAUCCUCCACCCUCAGGUUGACUCCCUCUGUUAUCAUUUUUCCUCUUUUAUAUUAUUCCUCUUGUUUUAUAAGGUAAAGUCAUCUUCCUCAAUAACUCCCUCCCUCUCUCUCUCUCUUUCCCUCGGUUAUCCCCUCCUGACUCCCUCUCUCUUUCCCUUUUUUCAGCGGUUGAUUAAACCUCACGAUAUGUUUCCCAUUAACACCACAAAAGAGGAGCAGGACUGAGAAAUCUCCUUAGCGGAGCCGUGGGUUCAGAACAUUUCUAACACACUUUACGGCGCACUGAAGACUCGUCUUUUCCUGCAGUGUUUCGACUUUGCUGCAUUUCUGCAGGACGGUAGUGAGUUAGACAGAGAAUCACCAGUACAAGGCUGCACAGAGUAAACGCUUUAUCGUUGUGAUGCUGAAACUGAUGAGAGUGUUUAUGUGAGGCUGCAGGUUUGUCCCAGUAUUUCACUGUAUGUUUCAUUUGUUCUUGUGACACUCAUGUCCUACCGUAAAUAUCCUAAGAGUCAGAGAGAAGAUACUUCGUUCUCGUUAUUUCCACAUAUAAAUCCAGCACAAGCAGCAGAGUCCUCCUGUCUCUCAUUACCAGUGUUUACAUGUGCAAAAUUUCUUGAUCCGAUCAAAAAUUUGAGGGAUCAGAAACUCUGAAUCCACUGUUUAUAUGACGUGUGUAUACAUGCACCGAGCUUUAUUCAGAUGAGGAGCAUUUAGACAUGCGCAGAGUUUUCUGAUUUCGCUAAAAUAACCGCAGGAGAAGAAGAAGAGUAUUUACGCCUGUGUUGUCAACAAACCAACAAACACGGUACUGGCUCAGUUCAUCCCAUUCAGGAUUUUUCCCUCCACUCAGAGUUGACCUGAGCCUGAUUCUGAGCGUACAUGAGUGGGCCCAGCAGCACAUACUGAUCCUGCGUUACAUGAGGAGAUUGUAUCCAGCAAGAAAGUUGUGUCCGACUCAGACCAGUAUCUCUCGGAUCCCGCGAUGUUUACGCGAUGUUUGUUUGGAAAUGUGUCACGUUGACGUAGGGAAAACAUACGCAGUCAGGUUAGUUUUGCCUCACGAUCAGAAUACGUGUUUACAUGGACGUGUUUCGGGAUAACGAUCGGCAUAAACCACCCCUCUCAGUUAGAAUGCGGUUCAUUCCGAUUGAGCCAAAUUGAAUCAAAUCAGAAUUUUCCGAUCAACAUGUUUACAUGAUGUAUUUUUAUUCCGAUUGUGCCAUUGUGAUGAAAGGAGACUAAUAUUGAUAGCUGUGCACACACAUAUCCUCCUGCCAGUACAGGAGUCACCUUUUUACUGUCUUUAGAAACGAAUUUUGAAGUUCCACUAAGUUUCUUCUUUUCUGUUGUUGCUCAAACUUGAGAGCCUGUUUUUUUUUUUUUUUUAUCGCAACCCUGAUCUUUACUUUCCAUCAUGGAGUAACUGUUCUCUACAGCCCACUCAGUUUGGCUUCACUUUUGACAGCCCGUCAGGCCAUCCCUCUUUUUCUCCAGUGCAUCAUCUAAUAAGCAUUCUUAGUGAGUUUUUCACUGACGGCAAGUUUUAGGAAAAACUCUCUUUGCACCCUGAAGCCUUUUCUGUGUUCGUUUACUUUGUUUUGUUUCGACCCAGAGCAAAAAAAAAAAGUGAUAAAUCAUGGAUUAGUUUCCAGGCCAUAUGUUUUAUUAAACUUGAUGAAAAAAUUGAGUUUUAAAUGAAUCAAAAUUUCCUACAACAUUAACUCUGAAACAGAUGCCUUUCAUUAGUCUCAGGAUGUAAAGAGGCACAUACAGCUCUGCUCACAUGUCCAUUAGAGCGCUGAUGCCUGUUUGUCUCAAUCAGUGUGUUCUCAUAAUGAUGCAGUGAACUCAAUUAAUGAUCUCCAGAGGAUGUUUCCUCUCUAAGUUAUCCACACCAGGCCAUCAGAGAAACGACAAGAUGACCUUCCCCUUCACAGUCCAGCAGCUAAAGAAAAACCUCCUUCUUAUAUUUACACCUAAAAUAUUCAGGAUAAAUACAAAGUCAUCAGGAUGAGUUUCUUUGUGAAAAGUCACAAUUCAACCAAAGAUUGCUUCGUCCACAGGGGGCGCCAAAGUUGGUGCAAACUGUAAAUUACUAACAGGAGCUUUAAAAACAGGUAACCUUGAACCUGCCUGUAAUGAGAUGUCCAAUUUUACCUCUAAACGAGCUCAUUUCCUCUAAAUAUGAAACCAUGUUUUUACAAAUUUGAUCGCCAAAAUCAAAAAUACAUGUCAGGAAGCCAGAGCCAAAGAUUUCCGGUAAAAUCUCGACAAAAUUAAGCUGCAAAUGUGUGAAGAGGAUUUUUAUGAAUCAAAUACUCACUGUAUUAUCUCUCCUCUUUUAUGAUUAACCCACUUGUUUAUUUAUUUCCUGCUUCCUCCUCUCUGUCAAAGACUCUGCAGAUCAUAUCAGCUGCUUUUUCUGCACUGCAGCAUUCAGACUGAAUGCGUCCAUAACUGAUGAGUGGCUCGCUGUUUGCGGGCAAUUAACACAGAAAGAAAAGGCUGAGACGAGUGCUCCCGAUGCUGCAUUAAGCCUCUAAGCCUUCAUCACCACUUCUUCAUGUUCCUUCACCCCUCUGUUUGCAGCAUGCAUGGAAAACAUGGCCGCUGUGGAGCUCCCUGCAGAGUUCGGAGCUCUGGCUGCAGGCCCAAACUGCUGCUGUGGAGGAAACUUUGUUCCUUUAUUGCUAGGCUCAGAGACACAUGGGUCUGCACUCCCUCUCUCCCUCUCUCUCCUCCUCCUCCUCCCUCCCUUUCUCUCUCUUUCUUCAGCACUGCUCAGGGCUUACAGCUUGAAGUGGGAGCUAAUGAUGCACUGAAGUAGGUUACCAGCCCGCUUUAGAGCAGGAGAACAAUUUCUGCUGAAAUGGAAAUGUUGCACAGCUCAAUGAGACGCCGAGCCACGCUAUUCAAACAGUAAUUAGGUGCACUGAUGUUAUCGAUUGUGUAGCAGCAUCAAUGGCGGGGAAAAGAUGGAUGACUUAUUUGUUUUUGUAAAUGAAGGGGAAGAAAUCGUUCUCCCGUGUGCCCCUGAUGUCGGGCUGGACCAGCUGCUGAAUGAACGUGCCCAGACCAGAUCCUGAUGGUUGGCCUCUUGAGUCUGGACAGACACGCACGUGAUUUCUGAGCAGAGACAGAGCGAAAGGGAUUCAGAUCUACAUAUUUAGUGUGUAAAGAGAGAGAGAAUCACUGCAUUUAUCUACGACGUCUUACACUUCUCUUGAGGUUGAGGACAGAGAGUUCUUUUAGGUCAAGGGUAAAAAUAAACUUUUAUAGAUCACUGUGGGGAGUUUGUGCUCAGCAAAAAUGUCACUUUUUGCAGAAAACAAGUGAAAUACAUCAUCAUUUGAUGUUCGGCAGGAACAUUUCUGCAGCCUGCAGGGCCGAAUCAAGUGGUUCUGUGGCCUUGGGCAGGAUUAGGGUUCGGUGACCCGAGUGACGCGAUGAAAGGAUGGAUUCAGUCUUACUGGGAUUUGUCUUUGGAAAAUCUCCCAGUAAAUUCAGUAAAAUCAGAAGAGGAUAAAUCUUUUGACCCAAAGUAUCGUCAACAAAACCUCACCUGCUUCACUGAUCAUAGUCAGAGCACGGAAAAACAUACAUCGAAGAAAAACAAAUCUCACACAUUUUUACUCCAAAGAUUUGCAACCACAUCUUUUUGCUGAUGGGGGGAAGGGGCAGAGAGAGACGUAGUGAAAAAAAGAGACACAGUGUGAAAAAGAGACAGCUGCUUGGGUCAGCAGAGACGUGUGGAGGCUGUGGAUAAACUCCCCGAGCUGUCUGGAUGAGGGACGAAAGGAGAGAUUUAGACAGGAUGUGAAAUACGGAGCUGGAGGGUGAGACUGACAGCAGACGGGUAACUGAUAGAGAGCGUAAGAUACCACAGAGAGAACAUAUUUACUUUUUAACACUCAUUUGUCUUUUGUUUUAAGGACAAGUAUUGUUUUGGGCGGCACAGUGGUGUAGUGGUUAGCACUGUCGCCUCACAGCAAGAAGGUCCUGGGUUCGAAUCCAGGUCAGGGUGUUUCUGUGUGGAGUCUGCAUGUCCUCCCUGCAUCGGUGUAGACAGAAUAAACAGCCCACAUGAUGAAACUCAUGACUGUAAAACUGGCUACUAGCUGCAUUACUGUCACAGCAGUUUUACAGUAAUUUACAGUAAAUAUUUCAUUAUAAUUUACUGCGCUUGUGUUGAUUUAACAGUUAAAUUCAAGAUUACAGUAUUGUAUUAGAUCACAGUUAAGGCCUGUAAAGUGAUAAAGCAGUCAUCUACUGAUUUACAAAUAUUACAGUUGAAUAAUAACAAAUUCUAGUUAUAAUUUACAGUGAACUUCUUAUGUUGUUAUAUCAGCAAAUAUAAGACCUGUUAAUAUAAGACGUGUAAAGAUGUUAAUAAUAAGAGUCAACUAUCUCAGUUGAAUUUUUUGUUUCUGUCGUGGAUGACGCCAUAUUUUAUCGCGUAAAUCGAAUGUUGUUCUCGGCCACUGUUGCCUUGGUAACAGGAAAAAUCACAGCAAAACUCCCUCAUUCUUGCAAACUGAAUGUCUAAACUUCUGUCAGUAAUGACGCUGUUUGAACAGACCUAAUUUCUAAAGGUGGGGAAUAACAACUCAACUCAACUUUGUUUGUAAAGCACAACCACAGCUGAACAAAGUGCUGUACAUAGAUAAAAAAAAAUAAUAAUCUAAAAACAUAGAAACAAAUAAUUAAAAACAAACUAUAAAACACUAAAACAGGAGCCGAGUCUCAUGCAGGGUUAAAAGCCGAUGAAUAAAAAUGGGUAACACUUGACGUUCGACCUGAAUACACCUGUGAACACCUUCUCAGGUGUCUAAUUAGACUGUAAAUAAUGCAGAGAAUGGAAAGAAAGUCCUCACAGGAACUUUUUAUUAGUAACUGUUGGGGACGUCAUAAAACCCAGAAAGUUCCCCGUCAAUCUCAGAGACUGUAUCGGACGACGGCUGAUGAAUUUGGAGAUUGUCUGAUAAACCGUAGAAACACAGUUUUUACCGUUCUCCUGAAACAUGGGGCUUCAUGCAGGUUGUUUUUGGUUCCUCUGUCAUGGUUUCGAUGUCCUUUUCUCUGCCCUCCUGAUAAAGUCGCAGCAUCAGGCACACGUCAGCUCGCCAACAUGUCCACCCCGAUGUCACACGUCAGAAAAACUGUUUUUUUUUUUAAUUUCUUUUUCCCUAUCACAGUCUCAGCCGGCAUUAAACUUUUAUUUUGACAUUUUAGACUUGGAAGAAGAGCGGGCGCACUGUCAGGGUUGUUAGGUUGUUAACAAAGAAACACACAGGUGCAGUUCAUCACACAAAGGUUAAAGUUCAUGAAAUAUUCAGCUGCAAUCACCACCCUGCUAUUGUGCGCCUCAGCCGACCAGUCAGAUAGGAGGUGACAUCUUUCAUUGUUUCUAACAGAAUGAGGGCGUGACUUCUGCCGGGAAGAGGGAUUUAAAACCACAGGUCCAAAAAAGUGGAAUAAAAAAGGAGUUUUAGAUCAUUUACAGCCUUUAUUUAACCAAAGUGGAGCCAAGAAAACAUAUUAAAUACAUGCAUAUUAAAUUUCAUGAGAGACUGCAUGAGAAAACAGUUUCAGAAAAAUGUAAAAUAGAACAUGAUAUCGUUUAAAGGUUUAAAAAAUGACUCUGUAGUGGAAAUCGCUUUAUGUUGCUGAAUUAAAAAUCUUUAAUCUUACUUUUUUUUUUUUAAUUAAUGGAAAAAUUAUCAAGUAACAUCUCUUGUACAUCCUCUCUGGUAUUUUCACAUAAAUGUAGGACAAAAACGUGAAACUGGUCUCUCAUAGAUCACUGAGAAACGAUCUCAUCGAUGGCCGUCGUCUGUGUCUGACACAGUCAUUAAAUCUUCGGUCACAGUCCUGUAGCUCCAGAUUUACUCACUCUGAGGUCAAUAAUUCUAUCUGGUCUAUUCCUCUCAGGAGGGAAACUCCUCCCUCAUUUAUCCUGCACGCUAAGUUUCCUGUCAGACGUUCAAUCUCUGGUUUCUCUCCUGUUUACACAUCUAGUUCAUCCCGGUGCCAUCAGCCGUGUGGAGCUUGAAUUCCUGCCAAAUACCUGCUUUAGGGGAGGGGGGUUUACUCGCUGGAGGACUUCCAUAAUCAAGACUGCUUCUGUGUUUGUCACAUGCAAAAUUUCCAGGAGUGUGGUGCAUGUGUGAAAGAGGCUCCUGUCAUGUCAGUGUGUGAGCUUUAACUCAUGGAGGCUCCACUUCUGUGCAAAGAGGUGUGGAAAUAGAAAGCUGGUAAAGCCUCGUUUCAGACCUGCAGCACUCUGUUAUAUUUUUGUCAUCCUGUUUGAUUUAUUGAUCGCUAACUGGAUGCAAAGAUGAUAUUUUUAAAGGUUAGGUGCCUGUGCUUUCACACUCAGAGGAAAACUGCACAUGUUCAUGUAAAAAAAAAUGGAACUAGUCCUUUAAAUCAGUGGCAGCAGUGCUGAAUAUACACUCUUUUACAGUCUCACCUCUUCACACUGUCCCUGUGCUGCUGAGUCUUCGCAUGUUUUUCCUCCCAUCACUCCUACAAGACCUCAGCAGAAUACUCAUUUACAUAGAGAGUAUAUUUAUUAAAAAACGUGUGUGUGCAUGUGUGUGUGAGUGUGUGUGAGUGUGUGCAUGCACUGAAGAGGCAGUUGGGAGACUGUGAUUUGCUGGCAAUGACUGAAGGAGAGGGUGGAGGGAAGGAGGGAGGGAGGUACGCAUCGACGAAGCAGAGGGAGAGGGAGGCAGAGAGAGGGAGCGCACUGUCCCUAUCAGCUUCUCUUUCACUCUGCCAUCCAGGCGGCCAGCUCUUCUCCUCCUCCUCCUCCUCCUCCUCCUCCUCCGCAUCAGAGGCAGCGGCGGCAGGGAGAAGAGAGGAAGGCUUGAUUCAAGGAAGAGAUCGCAACAGAUUGAUAAACGAGGCAUCCACGGAGGAAGACUCGGAGGGUGUAAAAAUCCAUCACCGGGAGCGGGAAAGCGGCGUUUUUUUGUUCCCUGAAACACCCACACCUGAAGAGUGUGAGAGAGGAGAGCUCGGCGGGGAGAAGUGGAUCACUCUUACCGGGAAAAAAGGAGUAAAUAAUGAAAGAGGACUUACACUCGUGGACAGAAAGACGGAGGGAGAAGUGAGCGAGUAAAUUUGAAAAGCCUGACUCUGACUGUCAAACUGAUGGGAUCCAUUUUACAGCAGGAGCAACAGGACGUCUCUUUUUUUAAAGAAAUCUCCGCCUCUCUCUGAUUUUUACACAUUUUCUUGAAUUUUAUUUGGCGAUAUUGACGCUGCUUUUUGGAAUCCCUGCUCCGAAGUCCGAGGGCGGCCAUCCCUCCCCUCUGUGCCUCCCUCUUUUGUGCGUGUUCAUCCUCACAUAAGCGUCUAAAAGCUCCUCGUGUGCCUUUGUGUGCUCCUUCAUUUUUUUUUACCUCCUCAUUUCCACGUUUCGCACCCAUCUGUUUCAUGCUGGCUGUCCGUUCACACCUCUGCCAGUGUUUCAUACCAUCUGUGAGAGUGUCAGAGUGUGUGUGUGUUAAAAGGCUCCCUCUGCGUGUGUGUGUGUGUGUAAUCAUUGGCUCAUUGCUAAAAAGGUGGCAGCUGCACAGGUGUAACUCCUGUCCACUCAGAGAGGAGAAAUCCAACAUCUACCAGCUUCAAACUUGACAGACUCUCCUGAGCGAGCGAGCUGGAGGAGAAGCGCUGGAUUUAUCGACCUGCAGAGGGGAAAAAGUGUCACUGUCUUCUCUUACAAGCAUCCAGUGACUUACAUCUCAGGAGCUGUCUCUGCAUGUAUAAUACAUGGCUGUCUUAUCAAUAAUUCAGCGUCAGGUGGGCACCCCUGUGUUGCCUGGUGGGCGUUGAUCAAGACGUCGAAAGCUGUGACUGUUGAGGUUUGAUGCCUCCUGACGAUGUGUCGCCUCCCUCUGCGUCUCCGCUGAUCACCGGCUGCUUUCUGUAACAGCUGAGCUCACUUCCAGCUGUCUCUUGGCACAUCAGAAGAGCCUCAUCUCACACUCCUCGGAUCAACUUUCUCUGCAGCAGACUGAAUCAUUUCUGCAGAUUUCCACACAGUGCGUUGUUUUCUCUUUUUCUUUUUUUUUUUGUUGCACUUUGAAGCUCGACUUGUGUGUGAUCCAUGCGCCCUCGCCUCCAAACAUGAUCGGUGUUAACAGCCUGCACUCGGCCGGGCGCCUACGCUCACGCUCUCUUUGCACCGUGCGCUACGGACGGGACUUCCGGAUGAUGGACCCUUUCCGGUAUCCCAGAACCCCUCGCUCCCGCUCGCUCAAACCUUUGGUGUUUCCAGACCUGCUGGGCAAAGCGCAGGACGGACAGAACCACCCGCAGGCUCGGAAGAGGAGAAAGGUAUUGAACUGUUCGCUUUUUCCUCUUACACGUCAUUUAUCACCACAGCUGUGAAUCAUUUUACACCAGUGUGAAACAUGUCAUAAAAAGUUCAAUCUUUACUCAUAUAACAGCUCAUUGUCAUCUGCUGGGGUUUUAAUGGCCAUUUAAUGUCUUUUAUCGCAGCCGCUCUGGUUAUGAUCCUCCACGCUCAUAAAGAAUAACACGGCAUUAAACUGAAAUGAUGUCUUACACUUUGAUUCACCCUCUCCGUACGCCGUACAUAUGCAGCGUACAGUCUCUGGUGAAGGUGAUCUGGUCGGCUGCCAGGCCCUGAUUGGCCGCACACCUCGCCUCUGUAUAGUGUACAGUCUGCACUCAAGGCUAAUGACUCUCAUUUGCUGCCACUCGGUGACGUUGAUGAAGCAAAGAGGUGAAGGUGACGAGCAUCCAUCUUCGUCUCAAUGAAUCUCAGGACUGAAUGAGUCUGCUGCUGUGAUUUACACCCCGCAUCCAUCCGGCUUUGUUCUCUGUUUACUCCUCUCUUUCUUUGGUCGCCCAACUUAAAAUCCACACAGUCUCUCUGCUUUUGGAACUGUGUGUUCCCGAAGGAUUUACAGUACAGGGCGGCUUAUUUAUGCACAAAUAAUCUUCAGCUGGAACACAGUUUCACUAAGUCUGGUGGCUCAGUUAAGGCGAAGAAAUAUUGGAGCAUUUUUUACAUGAGAAACUGAUUUAUGAUUUACACAGCGCCAUUUAAAACGGCCAUUCAAGCCAAUCAGCACCGCCCUCCACAAGAAGAUCGAAUCAUUUACAUGUGAGAUAAAUCCGUCAGUAUGCUUCUGCUUUGAGAGCUCCCUGCCUGUCUUCAUGCUGAUGUGGAAAAGCAAGUCUUGUGGCGGGGAGAGCAGCAGCAAAGACCUCCAAUGAGAACAGAGCAGACAUCCGCAUAAAAUCAGACAUCGCACUGGAGGCGAUUCGCAGAAGAAGAAGCAGGAGAGAGCAGACAUUGAAGGAAAGCGUCUAACCACACUAACUAAAGGUCCUUACACACCGGGACCGACGCAAAUAUCUGACGUGAAAUUACGAAAUAUUCUGAAGGGAAUUCUGGGAAAAAAAGACACGUCUCGGGUGGAAGCGAGAAGACUGACCCAACAGCAGACUGAGUGUUUUCAGUUCUGAUUAGACUCUAGUGUUGAGAUGUCUGUCUGUCAUGAUAGCAUGGACUGAGUCGGAGCCAGUACCAGAUAAACACAUUGAACUAUAAUGUUGUGUCUUUUAUCAAAAAUCACUCUGUUCUCCGACACGUAAACAAUCAGCCGGUCGGCCAUGUUGGAUAUACCGGUGAAUCAGACGUCACAACAACACGCAGUCUGAUUGGUCAGAGGUGGACACACAGUAUGCGAAACUUUAGAGAAAUCGACCGUGAUCCGAAAAAAUAAAUGCCGAAAUAUCGCAGGACGGGAAAACGUCGCUGAUGUGAACACUUGUAUUGAAAGGAUACAGGUUCUAAAAAAAAUAUUGAUGUCCGAAAUAAUCGCACGACAAAAACAGUCCCGGUGUGAAAGGACCUGAAGACUGUAGGGUUGUAUAUCUUCACAGAUAAGUCUGUGAACUGAGCUGUUAGCGCUUGAAGAAGUAAGUCGAAGGAUUUGUCGUGUUGCCUGUGCAGCAACUGAUUUAUCAAACGCACUUCCGGUUUUACAAAAAACAAAAAUUGUGUCCAAACUGAAGACUAAAAACCUCAAUGAUGAUGUUUUAGUUGUCGUGGUGCUGCAGGUGCGCGCCCAAAACAUCGCUUUACUGGAUCUGCACUUUAGAUUUCCUUGCUGUUAAAAGUGCAUCCAUGUAACCAACACUCGUCAUGCUAAAUACACAACACAGUUUUUCAGUGUCGAUGAAACAACAGUGUAUUGAUACGUGCAGAUUGUGCAUCAGUGCAGUGAGUGAAAUGUCCUUAAAUAAUUCACGUUAGAUACUGACGAUAAGUUUGGUACAUCACAUAGAAAUGGAGAUGUUUAGUUGAAAGAGUCUCUGUUCAUGAGUACAGACAGACAUUUGUGCAAAAGUUAUUUUAACAAAACAAAAAAACAGAAGAAUAUCAGUGAAAAUACGCAUAGUUCUGUCCAUAGUGUCCUUUUUUACCAACAUGACUCAGAGGUUUGAGUUCUUUAGAGAGGACAUAAGAUCAGCAGGUGAUGAAUGGGCUGAGCUUAACUUUGCAGCCCGUCUGGACUAACACCAAUAAUUGUUACGGGAAUUAGCAUCAAAUCAGUAAACGACAGAACUAUUUCAUCAGGACAUUUUUCUUGCGUAAACUAUAACAUUUGCCAACUUGUAGAUUUCUUCUGUCUUUCAUUAAAGUGAUCUGAUUAUUCCAUACGUCCUUCUUUUAUAGACCAGAUCUCAGAAUCAGGAACAUCCUGUACAGAUGAAUUAACAAGUACUCAGAUCUCCUAUGUGUGUGUUUAUUGUUGAAGCAUACACAAGCAAGGACACACAGUCCUCCACCAAAGCUAAUCCACUCCUCUGAGAAAUGCAAAUCUGCAGCACAGUGCAGCCGCGAUGUAUGUGAAAAAUCUGAGUCCGUUAUCAGGACUGUAUGGACACUCUUUAGCCACAGAUAAAACAGACGAAUCGUCUCCUCCUCUUCUUCAUUUUACAUGAAACGCUGAAGAUCUCUCAGGUGGGUUCAGUCCACAGUAGGAUGGAUCUUUGAGAUCCUCUGUGAGGAGUUUUUCUUUGAUUGAUCUGGCAUUUAGUUUGAUGGAUCGGUGAAGGAGAUGACAUUUAUAUCUGCUGAUUUUCUCUCAUUUACAGUUUCUGAAUUGAUUUUUUUAAUAAAUGAUCUGUGUCAUGAUAAAUCACCAGUUUGCAACCAGAACAUUAAUUAAACUUUAAAGCUCCAGUGAGGAACUUUCUGUGUGUAAAUGUUGACGGACUGAGUGAUCCAUCUGUGCGUGUAUGAGCUGUGAAAGAAAUCCUGCUUUUUUAACAGUCACUCAUCAUGAAUGGGGGGUUAUUUACUAAGCUGUAAAUGCAUCAUCUGACACCUACCCCCCUCACAGCAGUUAUAACUACUAAAGAUUUAGAACGUAGAAGUUAUAACGAUAUUAGCUGAUGGUUUUGUUUGCUUUUGUAAGUCAUACAGAGACUUCACGGUGAUUUCAGCCUGUUAAAAACUCCUUACAGGAGCUUUAAGUACAGAUUAAACAGACGUUUCAUCUACAUACAUUUAAUUUGUUCUUAAAGCUCCUGUGAGAACUUUUUUAAUGUCUUUGAAACAGACUAAAAUACGUGCUGAUGACUUUUUAUGAAAUGCAAAAGCAAACAAGACCAUCAGGAACAAGUUAAUGUAACUUACUUUUAUUAAACAUUAAAAUAAUUAAAUGUUAAGCUAAUUCUAAAACAGCUAAAUGCUAAUAUAAGGUAGCUUGUGCACUGAGCUAACAGUUUCACCAGAACUAAUACUGAAGUAGACACCCUUCAGCCAAUCAGAAUGGAGGAUUCCACCACACCACAUUAUGGGCAUCAAUGUCUUUUCAGAAUAAAACUGAUAAUAAGAUACAGUUUUAACUCACUGAGGCAUCUUUGUUAGAGCUCCCUGAUUUUACACUGAAGGAAGAGAUUUUUAUUGCUUUAUAGAAAUGGCAGCUUUUGAUUGCAAUUCGUGUUUGGAGUAAAGAAGAAAAUUUUGCAUUUGUUUGUAAGCUGCAAAUGGUCCAAAUCUAAAGGGUUCUUCCUUGGUCCAUGCUGCAUCCUUCCCACUAAGUUACAUAAAAAAAUCUGUCCUGUAGUUUUCAGGAAACAGCAGGUUGUUUUCUUCAUCUUGCUUCAUUUUCCCUCCUUAUCCACAUGAUGAACCUCUGCAGUCAAUAUAUGUAGCUGUUGUUGCAGAUCAGUCGGCUUUUAAAACGUACAAAUUCACUGUUAAUAUUUGAUGUUGCCCAGAUUUUUGCAGCCGAAGCAAAUUUGAAGUCUCCCUCGUCGUCCCUGGAAGCUCAGCCGUCUGCCUGAAGGUAUUAAAAUGUAUGAGCGCUCAAAGUUUGAGACGCAGUUUGAGAUUUUUACAGUAAAGUGUAUGGAAACCAGGACUAAAUCUGCAAUGGUUCUGGGCUUGAUGGGACAUAAAUAUUCAUGACUCUCAGCAAGUGUUUCUGAUUAGGCGCAGUUUCAAAGAAAACUCUGGAAAUGAACCUGAUUGUGCUCGUGAAAUCAAACCUCAUUAUAGAAGCAAUUUCAUUUGACUAAAAGACACAAAGCAACAAAAUGAGUCUGGGAGUUUAAAACAGCUGAAGACCAUUAGCAGCAGUUCUUUAAUCAAAGGGAUGAAAUGGAAAAUGAUCGAUUUUAGCUGAGUGAGAGGUUUUUUCUACCAUAAGGCAAUUAUGUUCAUGUCCGCGGAGGACAUGUGUUAGCGGUCUACGAGGAAUUCAGAGGUGAGCGAGGUGGUGAUGAAGUGCCCAUAAGUGUCCUCUCCAUCACCUCAGCCGUCACAGCUGUCCAUCAGCUGCCUCGAUCUGCGUCUGAAACACUAAGAUCUGAUGGCUUCAUGCUGCCGCCCCUCCCCCCGGGCUCAUCCGAUAAAACUGGUGUAACAUUCAGGGUCAGAUGGGGAAGUUGGGAAAUGAAGCGUCUGUCAGUCUUGACGUGUUGAAGGGUUUUUAUUUCUAAGAACAGAGACAACGUUAAAAUGAAUUCAACAGUAAUAAGAAGACAUGCUAAAAUUCUGGUUGCACCUUUAGCGUGCAGUAAGGGUCAGCUGAUCCGAAUAUCUGAACGAUAGUGGUGUUUAUUUUAUCCUUUUACUGUAAUACAUUGUCCUCGACAGCACUUCUGAGAUAUUGGUCAUGGCGUUUUGCUUUGACUGAUCUGGUAUUUAAUUUGAUGGAUCUGUGAAAACGUGACAUUUACGUCCAGUGAUUUUCUUCCAUUAACAUUUUAUUGAUUGAUUUUACAACAAAUGUUCUGUAACAGGAGUGAGUGAAGCUGUAGGGUGAUGUUCAUACAAACUGAGUGAACUCACACCAGCUUCUUAUAAAAUGAUGUUUUCAGCCGUUUACAGCAUGUCCAUGUUGUCUGGAUUACAUUUAUAAAAACAUCAUAAAUUCAGCCUCUGUGGAGGAUCUGCAGCCUCUCAGUUUGUCCACUCAGCGAUCUGUGUAGACAGAGGUGCUAUCAUAAUGAGGCGCUGCGCUGAUUGGCCUGAAUGUUGUUUGAGGGGUGAGGGUGCAGAUGGAUGCAGAGGCGGAAAAACACCAAGUCAAACUUUUCUCCUCCUUCCUUUUAGUUUUCACAUCUUGUCAUGAAUAGGACCCAAAGGUGGGUUCGUCAUGAUAAGGAGCCAUGGCAGAUCCGCUGAUCAGCUUCCCCUAAACCAGGGGUGGGCAAUGAAUUUUUACAUGGGGCCACAUGAGAAACCUGAACUGUGUUGGAGGGACGAACCAACAAUAACUUCAACUUCAAAUCAUGGGGGUUCACACAUAAAGAAAAACAAGCCCAAAUAGGCAAUUUCGAGUUAAAGACAAGCCUGAAUAAGCUUAAAGUCUUUUAUAAUAAACGAACUUGGCAACUCUAAGGCGUCUACGAAUAUUUUGCCGAUGUUCAAACUUGUCUCUGUUCAUGAAUGCAGAUCUAUGAUGUAUGCACGUGUGUCCAAACAGAAAUAAAACAGCAGCUAGGUUUUCAAAAUAAAAGCAACACACUUGUAUAGCAUGUUGAUGAUUUGAUUGACAGACCUCACGAAGGGCUGGGCAGGGACAUCCAAAGGGCCAGAAAAUGCCCAGGUCUGCCCUAAACCGCCAUCUGCAGGAACAUCAAAUUCAGAAUCACUUUUCCAAUAAAAGCAUUAAAUAAUCGUGAACUGCAUGCUGAUGGUUUGGUUGUUGUUGCUUGUAAAAACAGAAAUGGUAAGCACCCCAGAAGAACCCACACCAGUGCACAGGAGGGAGGUCUUACAGCUGUAGUUACAACCACGUAUCUCUGUUUAUAAGAACAGAUGUCACAGGCCUACCUUUACUUUUCUUAGUGUUUUUUUUUUUCUGCUCUUGUCUCCAAACUGUAACUGAAUUUUGUUUUGAAGGGGUCGAUGAAUUUGCAUCGAAGCCUAAAUAAUGUAAAGGCUGAUUGAUCUGCUGGUCUUUCAGUUGACGGGCCUGCAGCUCGGUGGAUAAUGGCUCAGUGAAUGAUGUGGUGGUGGUCGACUGAUUGGCUGAUUGAUGGGAUGUUUGGUAAAGAAAAUGAGUUGAGCUCCGUUAAACCAGUUCGAGUGUUUAGCAGCUCAGCUCAACCAAAAUCUGUUAAUAUUGUGGUUAGAAACAUUUAUUUAGUUGAAUCCCAAGUCUUUAUAAAUGUAACUUGUGAUUUCUAAUUGAUUUUAAUAUUUGAUUUUUAUUAUUUGGACGAAUUGCUGCUUCCUUUCUCAUCCUUUGCCGGUUCAGGCAGAGAUAGAAAUAUAAAAAUCCCUCAGAGGUGACAGUAGAAAAGCCAGUAUUUACCAGCACCUGUAAUAACUGAUCAUAUCACUGCACCUGAAGCUCGCUGUCAUAUUUGUCUGAAAAUGUGAUUUUUUUUUUCUCCCUCUGCAGGCGCUCUACAACUCAAUCAAGAAUCAGAAGCUGCAAUGGACGCUGUAAGUCAUUUUUAUUAUAACCGCCCUCUCCUCCUCUGUGACUCUGUUUCUGUCCUUCCCUUUCACACACGGAAUAACACACACACACAUACACACAUACACACACACAUGUCAUCCUGAAGGGCAGGAAACAAAGAGGGAUAUUGAUUAGCUUGUUAGCAUCCUCAUUAAUGACGUGUGUGUUGUCUGGCAUGUGAAGGAAACAUUAGUGUGUCAAGGGUUGCUAUUCUGGAUCGCAGCUCCGGAGCGCCUCAGAGAUGCCAAUUAAGUCAUUCGCUUUCCAAGCUUUGUUGCCAUAGUUACGGCACCAUGGAUACGACUCCAUAGCUACCGCAUUGCUCUUUCCAUCCCUGUGUUCUCUCUGCUGCACACACACGCACACACACACUCAUAUUCGCUGGGUGAUACAUUUAAUGUACACACAAAUGCAUGCUGGGAAUCAUUUCGUAAAGGUGUGUGUUCACUCUUUUUGUGUGUUUGUGUGUUUUUACAUGAAUAUGAAGCUCAAAGAGACAAUGCCUAUGAAAGAGAGAGAGAGACUCCAUUUAAAUGUCUCUUUACCUGCAUCCCGAACAAAGGUGUGACCACAGCCUCCCACUACCUCUCCAAAAAUAGCUGCAGCAGCGCUCCCGAAGCAGCCGAAUAAAAAGUGGUCAGAGGAGCAGAUCGAGGAGGAGAUCCACAGAGAGGCAGGCGAUCCAGUUCAAACAUCUCCGCUGACAUAUAGACGGCUAUUUAAACACUCGCCUCUGCAUGGGGGGGAUAGGAAGGGUGUCGUUUUUAGAGCGAUAAACACCGCCGAAGAGAAGAGAAACCACCUCCAAACCAGAUGAAUUACAGAUGAUGAGAUUCAGCCCACAGCAGUCUGAGAUGCUCGCUCUUUUUUUUCUGUUGCACGUGUUCGUUUUUAAUAUUUCAGAGUUAGAAAAGAGUAAAUUCUGUCGAUGCUGCAGCUCUGCUUUAAGAAAAAAACAAAAAAAACAGCGUGUUUGGCAGCAGAGCUCAGUGUCACUUUUUGCCUCCACUUUCACACCCCGCUCGCUCGCUCGCUCGCUCGCUCGAUGCAUUUUUCAUCAAACAGGGGACAUUUCUUCACUUGCAACUCAUUGACUGAGAUCACACGCACUCUGUGACAGAUACACGGCUGUUCUUCUGUGUUUAAUCCGAGGCUUCAGAGCCGCUGCAAACACAAACACACAGCAGCCGUCUGACCAGGCAGUAAGAGGUCUGCCGUACAUCACAGAAAGCAGUAAAAACCUCCUUAAAUUAGAUCCAACCCUAAACUAAAGCGCUGUCUUUAUGGUUUUAUGUUCACUGCUUUAACAUCAGGGGCGAGUUUGGCUGGGUUAUUCUUGUGUUCGGAGAGGUCACAGCGUAAGCGUCCUCUGCAGGACGGACAGCAGGUGUUUGAGUUUUAAGAUUCUUUAUUUUAGGGCUUUUAAAGAGAUAAUAAAAGCUUGAUUUUGGCAUGAAUAGAAACCUGGAAAUACCUGUAAGAGAGAAAAAAGCACCAAAAUAAACUGAUUAUCAGAGUUUGAACCAAGUUAAAGCUCCUGUGAGUGUUUUUAAACAUUUAUCAAAUGGUUUUAAAAUUAAUAAUGAUGCUUUUUUUAUCAGUGAAGUAAACUCCCUGUUUUUAUUUUUCCCUCAUUGAAGAUUCACAAAAAAUAAUUUAAACAUUUAUUUUGCUUCUCUGAUAUCAAGAGACCGAAAGACUUUCAGAGACUUGGAGGUGUACUGAGAGGAUAUAAAGUUAACCUUCGUGUUAUUAUCUGUUAGCUGCUCAGUCUGAUCAUGUAGAGGCUGCAGCUGACAUAUUACAGCUAAAACUUCACAUAAAACAUAUAAAUAAGGAGUCAUUAUAGUCCGAUCUGUGGAGCACAUUCAGUCUUUGCACAUUUACUGUCAGUGAUUUUUCUAUUUUUGAAAGUUUGUCCUUCUUUUGCUGUCAGUUUUAGUUUGAAGUGCACGCAGCUUCUUUGUGUCUUUAUAUUUCACGUUUUGCUCCAAGUUUGUGAAAUUCAACAAUCUGACAGUGGCGCGUGCUCCCUCCUCGUCUUUUUUGUGGGUUAAAUUAUCUUGUUUCCGACCAGCCGAGUCAGACAUCCUGGAGUUUCUCUGGGUGUGUUGAACCUAGUUUUUUCGUACAGGCCCUUAAAGAGAGAAACGAGAGUCAUUAAAGAGGACUGCAACCUCUGCGUUUGAAGUCUGUGCAUUUUCAACGUUCAAAGUGCAAUCCCAGCACAAAAAGUCCUUGUUCUGUUGUGUUUCUCCCUCUUGUGUACGUGGACCCGCUCAUCAUUGAUUCACUAAUCCACUCUCAGCUUUAAAAAGCGCAGUCCUGUGAUCGAGGUGUGAUUUUCAGACUCUAAAACAAACCGCGUGCUGAGAUUAUAUGAAUACAGAUUGUGUUUGUGAGAUCUGCUGUGUACAUCCCAUUACAGGUGUGUGUGUGUGUGUGUGUGUGGGCGCACAGUUUAGUGUGUAUUCUGCUGCUCGAUGAGAAACAUGCACACACACAGGGAAAAAAAAAAAAACAACACAGCGAUGGAUGUUGUUUCACACCCCCACAGAGAGAUACACGCACAUGGCCACUCUCGGCGGUGCAGUUGGAUGCACCCACAUGUUCUCUGAUAGCACACACACACACACACACACACACAGAGCACAGACGUAUACAGAACACACAUGCUUCCUCAUCGGGGAGCGGGGGUGGAGAGCACAGGGAGAGGUGGUGGUGAUGGUGAUGGUGGGAAUUGUGCAGAGAAAGACAGACGCAACAAGUCGUAGAUGCAGAUAAAAACAGGGAGAGCAGGGUGGAGAGUAAUUUUAUUAAAGGAUGCCAUGAUUGCAGGACGAAGCGCGCAGAACGACGAACGAGCAACAAGAGGCGCAGGGAGGAGAUCCAUCUGCUCUAUUAUUCCUUUGAUUCUGCCAAUCCAUGCUCUCCUCAGCCUCCCUCUGCGGCUCUAAUCAUCUUGUCUCACCCUCGUCUGCUGCCUCCACCUCUCACCUGCAGCAGGAGAGGGGACAUGAGUGCCGUCCACACGCAGUCUGUGGUUUCAAGGAAUCAAAAUAUGUCCCAAAAAAACAAAAAACAAAUGAUGUUUCACACUUGAUGUUAACAGUCUCUCCUGAUCAAUCUAGUCAAAGACGUGAAAGCGAGACGAGCUGUGACAGCUGCAACACAACCACCUGCUAUUCAAUUAGCUUCACUCCUGAUUUUACAAAUUAUGCAUGAGUCUGGACUUUAAUACGACCAAAAAGGGUGAAUUAAACAAGAAUAACCCUCUAAACUGUGUGCACAGAUAAACAGAUGAUCUCCAGAGAAUAAAAGCGUGUUUAUAACAGGCUUUACACAAAUUAAAGCUGCUAUAAGGAGUUUUUCAUGUUAUUAAAUAGACUGAAAUAGAUUAUGAAGUGCAGGAGAGGUAAUUGUCAGCCGAUCAGCUGAAGAAACAGUCCUGUUUUUACUUUUUACUAACAAGGAAUAAAACAUCCGACUGUCAAAAGUCUGCAGGAUGAGAGUUUUUUGUCAACUUUAGCAUAAACAGGACAAAACAAGCAAAGACUACUUUGUCCACAGGGGGCGCCAAAUUUGACACAAACUGAAAGUUCCUCAUAGGAGCUUUAAAAACAGCAUUUUCACAUGGAUUUUAAUGUGAUUCUUUGACUUUAGGAGUCAGCUGCAAGUGCAGAUGUUUGCACAGUUGUGUUGGUUUUCUUGUUGUCUUUUAUUUAUUGGACCCUGAUUAACCAGGUUUGUCCUUUUAUCACAAAGUUGCAGACACAGAGAACCACAGUACAAGCCACAAACACCAAUAUUUGCAGUAAAGAUGGAGUCAGAUGUGCUUCAAAAUCUUCUUCAAACUCUUAAAUACACCAACUUCUCAAGUUUCAUUCAUCCUGCAAGAAAUUCCAGGUGAACUUCAGUUGAAGCUUCGGGGACAAAGAUGAUAAAAAAGCUCUGGGAGAGAAAAAACUACAGUCCAGCACUUUUCUGUUUGACGUUAUAAUGAGCGUUUUCUUACCUUUAGAGUACUCGGCUAGUUUAGUCCCACUAAGUUUGUGCACAGUGGUUUUGGAUCAGGACCCGGUUCAUGGUGGUGAAAUAAUUACUGAAAUCCUCCUUUUUGCACCUUUAUUAUUAGAAUAAAGGUUUUGAAAAGUGGAUUUUAUACACCCUCCAGACUUUACCCAGAAUGACUAACUGAGAAUCAGCUGUUUGACCCUGUAAAUUCAGAUUCACGUUCCUCUGAAUCUGAAACAGCCAAUCAGAAGCUGACAAACACCAUGUAGACUAAGUCAUCGGAGCUGCUCAUGAAAUCUCUGAGUUUGGUUUUAGAUUAAUGUUCAUUUAAUUACAUUUACUUGCAUCAGAUGAAACCAAACAGCACAGUGGGCUGUCUGAACUCAACGUUUGACCCGAAUGUGUCUGAAUCAGUGAGAAUUUGAAUAUUCUUCACUCAGAUGGAUUCAGAUUCAGAUUCAGAUUCAUAAAGCUGUGAAAUUUACAAAGUUUAUUCAGGAAAAAAGUUUUGAAAUUUAACAUUCAAGAAGUUUUUUUAUCAAUGAGGAGAGUUUAAACCUGAUUUUGUUUGUGCGCGUGUGUGUGUGUGAAAAUAACUUGUCGUCUUUCACUCUUUGCUGUUUGGUAGUGACUCACAGAGGUCAGAGGUAAAACAGGUGUGUGUACUCACAUCAGUAUCCCAGCAUGCACCUGUCCUCUCGUGCCAGAACUCUGAGCAGAUUUUAUCCAAAAAACUUUUUUCUGCUUUUUCUUUCUUUUCAGGUUUUUUCCUCUUCCUCCUUUUUUUUUGUUUCGUCACUGUUUUCUUCACUCUUUGUCUUGAUUGAUUUUUGUUAAACUGCUUCUUUCCCUCUUUUUUAUUUUUCCUCUUUAUUUUUAAUUGUUUCAUUUUUUAUUUCUAUCUCUUCUUUUCUUUUCCUUUUUCUUUGAUGUAAUUUUUGAAAGCUUAAAUCUGUUCGACUUUUUUCUCAACUUUUUUCUCUCUUUUAAAUUUUCUGCCACUUUUUGCUUCCCUUUUCUUGUCUGUCUUUUUUUCUUUCAUUUAUUUCUUGUCUUUCUUUCCUCUCCCGUCUUUUAUUAUUUCUUUACCUCCUCUCUCCAUUCAUUCUUUCUUUCUUUCUUUCUUUCUUUCUUUUUAGCACUUCUCUUUACAUCAUUUUUUCUUUUUGUUUCUUUCUUUCUUUUUCUUUCCCUUAUUCUUCAUACUUGAAUGGAUCUUUUCUUUUUUAUUUUGUCUUUUCUGUCGUUCUUCCUGAUUCCUUUCCUACUAAUUUACUCUCUGUUUUCCCUUUUUUUCCCUUUCCUCCUUCCUUUUUUCUUUACUUUUUCUUUUCAGUCUUCUCAUCUUCCUUUUUUUCUAACCUUUUGCUUCUCUCUCUGAGUUUCUUCUCAACUCUUUACCUUCUUUCAAACUUUCCUUUUUUCUUCUCUUUUUUUAUUCAUUGCUUUUCUUAUUCCUCCAGUUUUCCAUCCCCUCUUUCUCCCUUUUAUUCUCUUUUUUUAAUCCUUUUAAACCUUUUCUUUUUCUAAGUUUAUAUCUGUUUUUUUUCCUCCUCUAACAUCCUCCCCUCUUUUUUCCUCUCAUUGAAUUUAUUCAGUAUCCACUUAUUGUGGAUUAUUUUCUGCCAUCUGAGAAGAGAGAGAGAGAGGGAGAGAGAGAGAGAGAGAUCAUCUUUGUCCUUUUUUUUCUCCCCCUCCUCAGUCUCUGUCUCCUCACCUCUCUCUCUCCAUCCUCCCUCUUCCCUCCCUCCACUUAGUCUCUGUGUGGAACGGGAAUCAGGCAGUUACCAGGCAACAGGCUGCGUGCUCAUUGGCUCCCUCUCUCUCUCUCUCCUUUUACCGCUUCCUCCCUCUCUCUCUCUUCUGCACGGGGUUAACUGCUGUUAUGUUGUGUUGGUUACUCAUAUCGUGGUCUCGGGGGGGUUCUGCAUCCCGCCAUUAUUCUAUUUUCAGGCUGAACUUUUGCAUGGGUGCCGCCUGGUGAGGUAACAAGUGGGAUUGCCGUGUUGGCUCACCAGGCAGCUGCAGAGCCUCUCUCCGUGUUUCUGCCUGAAGCUCCCAUCAUCUCCUAAUGUGACAAAUCCCUUUAAAACACUUAAAGAAAUGAAUACAGUGAAUUAUGAGGGAUUAUCAAGAGAAUGGGAUUAACACUGCUUUGGCAAAGUGUGUCGUGAGGUUUGUCUGUCAUUCAAAUGUGAUACAAAACACGUUUUCUCUCAUUACAGUGAUAAAUACAACUUUAAUAUCCAAUUAAAAAAAUUAUGAGUCUGAAUCAGGAAUACUUGAUUGAUUUACGGCGAAUUAUGACACAUGCAGCUUGUAUUUACUACUUUAUUAAAGCUCCUGUCAGGAGGUUUUAGCUGGUUAUACAGCAGAUUAAAACGAACAGCGAAGCCUCGUUAUGACCCGCUAAAUCAAUCAAAACCAUCAGGAUUAAGAUUAAUGACUUCAAAUGAGACAAACAUUCAGAAAGAUCAGAUUUUAGAGUUAAGUACACAUAACGCUCAGACACACAACCAGAUUCUGUUGAAAACGCCAACACUGUUUUGGUUUUUGGACACUCAGGACAGAGUUGUACUUCCUGUGUGGUUUUGCGUUCACAUCCUGGACUGUGUAGAACAUGGGCAUCAUGUCUGUGACGCUACUUAUUUGUUCCUGAAGCAGACUCUUGAAGUCUAUCGCCAUUUUUUUGUAAUGCUGUCUCAACCUGACUUCCUGUUGACCUCCCGAGACGCCAUUAGCCUCCUCCUAAACAGCCUCAGUGUGUCGGUCCAGUCAGGCGCGUCUCUCAUUCACUAAACGCACCAUCAAGAUGUUGGAAAUUACAAUAUUUGUGUUCAAAACAUCAUUGGAAAAACGUGAGACAAAAAGUGAGAUUAGGACGGAUGAAAACACGACAAAAAUCUUCAUCUUCAAAACAAAAUUCUUGAUGAACACACACACACACACACACACACACGCACACACGCACGAGUAGAAUAAGACAUGAAGCUGCGUUCAAAGACGUUGAGAACUGAGCAGCUCAUCAGACUCCUCGUUUUCAAACAUGGCUCCUCCGACUCUAAUGAGAUCUUCACCAGAAACUUCACAUCCAACCGCAACAACUUCACUUUAAUCAAGAUUAAAGAGGUCUGGUAGAUUAAAUUAUAAUCUGUCAGUGCUGCAGCCUCAGACUCUUCAUACUCCACUCUCAUUAUUUAUUUCUACAUUAACUGUCGCAUAAAUCAGAUUUAAAGCUAUUAUUACUGUCACUUCAAGUGGUUUCUACUGUAAUCCUCAUUUAUUGUCAAGUUUCUGUUUUUGUCUUUAUUUGCAGAUUUUAUUGGAGUACAGCAUGUGUGUUUGUAAAGUAAGCAAAGUUUUCUAGAAGCAAAUAGGACUAAAUGUAUUUAUAUGUAAAUGUUUAUGUAGUUUAAGCAGAUAGAACAGUCAAGCACCGUAGGAAAGUUCAACUGCACAUGGGACUUUAUACCACCCGUUUCCAAUAGGUGGCACUGUCAGUAUGUCCAAAGGGUUGAUGUAGAUGAGAAAUAUGGAGUACAGCCGACCUCGGAUGUUAAAGUUACCUCAGUGAGGUGAUUGGAUGGAGAGGCGGAGCAGGAGAUUGACCAACGGGAGCUGUACGGGACGGAUGGCUCCCAUUGGUCAAUGUUUUUGCAGCCCUGCACCUGCUAGGGUGAGCAGAUUAUUUCCGUUCUUUUUUCUCUUCACUUUGUGGAGAUCGCACUAUAGGACCAUGAUCACCAUAGAAAUGAGAUUCAUAAUAAUUACAAUCUCUCCAAUCAUCAACCAUGUCUUUAAGGAGGUACGAUUCUUUGCAUAGCUUUGGUGUAUUUUACCAGACCUGACGCCUUCGCAGAGUUUUUGUUGAAGUAUAAAAAAACUUCAUCCAUGAGACUUUGGACGAUCUGAUUGGAUGUUCGCUGGUUUUCAGCUGUAACUCAACUUGCCUUAGCUCGGCUGUUUCUGAUCACUGACUGUUAGCCUGUUAGCCAACUGAUAACGACACAGUUGUGUUGAAGUUGUGUUAUGUUGCUUUAGAAUAUGAAGAUCCGAGAAUCAAAUAAAGUUCUACCAGAAUGAGAAGGACCUCUCCCGUCUAUUAAAGACUGUAAGUUUGUGUUUUUGAUGAAAGAGUGAAAGAGUUUCUCACCUCUCUGAGGCUCCAUGUGAGCACGGAGAGGAGGACGAGCAGCAGUGAUGCGUCUGCAUUUCUUAGAGGGAUGUUGUCCUCCUCCCCCUGGGGUAAAGAUGCCCCUGUUUUUCACCUCAAAGCUUAAAGAGGAAGAUGGUGUCACUCCUUUGCUGCGCUGCUUUUUGAUCAAGCAGAGAGGAGGACUGUUUCUCAGGAGAGCCGUGAGGGAGCAAAAACAUACAAUUAAAGCUUUGAAGACAGCUCCAUUCACCAAGGUUUUCCCCUGGAUACACAACGCUCUGUGAACGUCUUGUGUAACCGAAGCGCUGCCAGGACGCGAUAUUACUCAUGUGCUCCGUAUGAAACCAAAGUUUGAGUGUGAAAUCUGCAGACCUCGUGUCCUGUGCGCUUCUUGUGUAACGGGCACACAGUGAGAGGCGAACGGACAGGAUGAAUGACGAUGUGUUCAUUGGCGUUGCUAAUGAGACGUGACACAUAAGUGUUGAUCGCCAUGGACUCUGCUUUUUAUUUUGUCUCCACAGCGACGAGGAAGAGCUGAGGAAGUCGUUCUCGGAGCUCGGGGACAGCCUGUGCGACUCCACCGCCUCCAGAUCCAUGAAGCGGGUGGGCAGCAGUGGAAAGCCCCUGUCGGACGAGACGGAGCCCUCUGGAUCGCUGUUAUACAAGAACGGGUUCCUGGUCCGGAAGGUCCACGCCGACUCAGACGGCAAGAGAAGUAUGAGUCUUUAUCGAGGAUCAAAACUCAUUCCUGAACAAUCCGACGUGAAUCCAUGUCAAGAAAAAGCUACACAUCUGCACAAAAUCUGCACAUUUCUGAACACAUUAAAAACAUUUUUCCCACUGGAGCCGGAUUUUGUCUUAUGGUGCAGUUUAUAUUCUUGGUUUAAUGGAAACUGAGACUCAACAGGAACAGAUAACAGCUGUAAUUAACAGGGAAAAUUGUGUUUAUUAUGCAAACAUACCCUGGAGGGGAAAACUGAGCUUCACUUUCAAUCCGAACACACUGUCACUUCUUAACUUAAACUGCUGGAUGCAUUUGGAGGCUGAUCUGCCGUCGGAUGAAAACUAAUAGGUUCCAGGAUCAGUAUGGAAAAAAAAUACAGAAACAGAUAUAUGAGAUUGUUGCCAAGAAAUCUUCCGCAUGCAUUUGAUGUCGUUUGACCAGCAGAUUAAUUAAACCACACUGAGUGACAACACCGGGCUGAGUUGUUUACUGCACUAACAAUUAAUGUCAAAUCAGUGCAUGACCGAAGGUACGCGCUGCUCCUGCUCCAUGAAAUUAGAGGAACAGACCAACCAGAGCACGCCCGCAUGUAGACUGUGUUAUCACCGAUUUCACACAAAUUUACAGUCAUCAGUGAUCGACCCAAACAUCUACACUCCUGUUUAGAUGGACAAAGUGUAUCUGUCUCCUCUUACAGAAAAAAUGAAGUGAAAUGUCACAGCGCUGAAAUCUGACACAAAGUUUGGCUGAUGGAGACACAGCAAUUAAACUUACGAAUGAAACUCCCAGAGAUCCACAGAGAAGUGAAUCUCUUAAAAUUUGUCGUUAUUUGAUUGUAGCAUGGAGGUGUUUGCUCCAAAUGUGUCUGAAAUUGAAAGAAUAAUAUUGCGUUAUAUAAUUUAAUUGCUUCUAUUAAUAAUUUGUUGACUCUGUAAUAAAAAAAGUGAAUUUAAACAUGUAAAAAGGGGAAAAUCUGAGUCAAUUUUGUCAAUAUGGCGACAAGAAAUUAAAUUUCCAGAUUGUAACAUAAAAAGCAGGGUCUGUCUGUUAUCCUGGUUACCUGGGAGACAAGUCCCGCCCCUGCUGGUAUCUGAUUGGUUGGCUGGGGUUGCAGUUUAAGCGUCUUGUUGAACAGAACAGGUGGAAAUGCUUAUCUGCAGGUAAACAUAUGCUAAGUAAACACUCUGAGUGUCCUGUAAAAGAUGCGUCAUGUAGCAGUUUCUCUCUGUGGACUCACACGCUGCUUUUUACUCUCUCUUGUACUCGGAGAGUUCAGCUCUAACUCCUUUUUUUUCUCCCUCUCAGCUCCACGAGGUAAAAGAGGCUGGAAGACCUUCUACGCCAUCCUAAAGGGGCUCAUUCUCUAUCUGCAGAAAGUGAGUCACUCGCUUUCCUGCUGAAUAUUUUUGUUAUGCAUGCACACAUCUUUGUUAUGAGACAGUGUGAGGAGCAUUUUGUAACAGCUACCACUUGAUAUUCAUAAUUCAACCUUUAAAAUAACAGGUGACUGCAUCUCCAUAUGAAUCCUGUUUGACAUUCAUUCUGGCAGCGCAUUUUAACAGAAGGUGAAUCUUCGCCCCCCGUGGUGAAUAACAAAAAUGUUCUGUUGGAUGAUGUUUUUACACACAAGCUCCUGAAUCCUCGACUUUUUUUUAUCAAGCACCCUCUCAGAGGGAGUCCCUUUAUCAGGCCCAUUUCCUGUUUACUCAUCUGAAAGUGCUCUGACAUGAUGUCCGCCCUCACAGUCAUGUCCUGGCACCGUGCUGAGGUCUGGCUGUGGUAUGAGGAGACCUCUGCCAGCAGAACAGCCCGCCGAUUCUCUGCAGAAAACAACAACAUCCAACAAGCGGAUGUUACUGUCGAUGUUUUUGAGAUUUUUUUUUUUCCUUUUUUAGUGCAAACAGAAAUGUUUUCACAGCCUCAUGAAUGGAGACAGGUGCUUAAACUGGAUCAAUCUGGAGCAAAUGAAAUUCAAAUUCUGCCUCUUUUAGUCUGAACAUAUUUUAAGUCACAUAUUUAAACAAUAAAGAAAUUUUUAUUCCCCCAAAAUUUAAUUUGAAACUUUUUUUUUUUUUUUUACUUAAACAGAUAAAUCAUUUUUAUCUUUUAUGUUUUAACUCUUACCAUUUUUUGCAGAUUAACUCCUCAUCUAAGAGGACUUUAGUAAAGAUGUGGUUGUUAUCAUGAUUAUUCACCUUUUAUCAAACAAUGAAAUUCAGGGCAGAUGUGUGAACUAUGUGUCAAAACAGCAAGUGUGAUAUUUUUUAAAUGUUUGUUCCUCAGAUCAAUUUAAAAACCUCAGAAAAAAUUAUAAAAUAAAAAAAAAUUGCAAAUAAAAAAUCACUUAUUUCAUGUUUAAAAAAGGUUUAUCACAAAGAAGAUGAUAUUGGUUUUGCACAGAGAAAUAAUGUUUAUUUUAUAAAGGACAAUGACGUAAAUUUCACAUUUUAAUAAUAUAAAUUACAAUCAUGUAUACUGCUCUGCAGAAAAUGUAUAGUGCACUGCAAAAUACUGUAUAUUGCAGAGUAGAUAAUGACUGUUGCACAAAUAGUUUAUUGCAGAGUAGAAAAUCUAUGACUAUUUAAGUAGAUGAUCAAUAUUGCUCAAUGCAUGUUGGAUGUAGGAUUAUAGAUUAUCAAUAUAGAACAAUAAAGCAGUGUAUUCAAAGGUAAUUAGUUUGUUUUGCAAAGCAGAUAAUUUCAACUGCAGCAGUGACAUCAAGUAAUUAGUAUAUGGCAAAUUAGGAAAUGUCUGUUCCACAAUAUAAUAGGCUUUGUCUUUUUGCACAGUAGAUACUGUAUUAUGCACAGUAAAUCAAUGCAUAUUUACUGUAGAUAAUGUACAAUUCAAUGUAAAUUAAGUUUAUUCUGCGGUAAAAUCAUAUUUAUUUUGCACAGUAGAUAAUGUGUGCUGCAUGGUUGAUAAUAUCAGUUACACAGAAAAAUCAUAUUUCAAUAUUUCACUGUAGAUAAUUUAUAUUGCAAAGCAGAGUGAUAUACAGCAUGUUACAGAUUAGAUUAGUAAAAUUUACUGUAUUUUGCAGGAGUAGAACUGUGAUUUCUGGGAGAAUCAUGGAGUGUAGCUUUGAUCGCCCAACAAUACCAUGACGAUCUCUUGGUUUUGAUCUCAGCGCUGAUGUCUCUCUCUUUGUGAUAAUUCGUGACUGCAGGGUGAAUACAGGCCAGACAAGCAGCUCUCCGAGGAGGACCUGAAGAACGCCGUGUCCAUCCACCACUCUUUAGCCAUGAAAGCUUCAGACUACAGCAAGAGACCCAACGUGUUCUACCUGAGGACUGCAGACUGGAGGGUUUACCUUUUCCAGGCACCGUGAGUCAAAUACUCAACUUUCAAGUAUAGAGCAUGGGUAACUGCUUAGAGAGCUGAGAGAGUUUGUGCAGUAAUAAACCACGAUUCCAUAUAUGUGGUUAUCUAUUUAAUUUAGAGAGCACGUUUUUUACAGUGGACAGCAAGCAGCACCCAAAUCUAAUCCAAUUUAAGAUGUUUAACCUGAUUAUAUAUGAUAUUUAUUAAAAAAAGAUUAGAUUCAAUGUGUUUAUUUCUGUGUUAAAAUUAAGCAUAGGCUCCAAUGAGGAUUGACUCGCUUUUGGAAUCAGCCUCAAGUGGCCAAUACAGGAACUGCAGUUUUGUGCAGCGGCUUUAGUCUUCAAAAUGAGAAUUUCUGUCGUGUUUGCGGACUCAGCUCACAUAAAAGUCCGGGCGCAGGAGGAGGUUUAAACUUUGGGAGACUCACAGCAGCAGAUUUGAAGUCACUGUUUUGGAAAGAGAGGUUCAACAAUCACAUGUGCCUGUGAUCUUUCAGCCAUGCAGCGCUGUCGUAGGUAACAGGAUUGUAGGACACCUGAGCACCAGAUCCAGCUGUGCCGACAAGCCCACUCGGUGUGCGGAACACAUGCGGAGAGCACGCCAAUCAGAGCUGCACGCUCACACUGAACGGGGUGUUUGCAGUCAGGCGAGGUGGAGGUGUGCAUGUGUGUGUUCAGGAUCCAGGCAGUGGCACAUGAGUGGCCACAUGUUUCAGCCCCCCCAGAGAACCGGCUCUGUGCUCCAGUUGCAGCUUGCGUUUGUCCCAGAUACUGAACCCCUCUCUGUCUCUCUCCUCUUUCUGUCUCUCUCAUCUCCGUCCCUCUACCUCUCCUCCUCCCGCUCUGCCGCUCCCCGGAGGUUUGAGCCAGGCAGUCUGAUUCAAUCUGAUAUUUCUCCUGGGCCUCUAAUAGGUCUGUUAGUGUAAAACAGGCCCUUUUCUCUCAAGUAUUAAUUGGCUCCAAAAUAAUGUCUUUGUCAACAGCAGGGCUGCGUUUUCUGAUAAUGACUGCUUUGAUGUUUCUGAUGAGAGCUGCACCACAGAGAGGAUCUACUGUACUCUGUGUGUGUUUAAGAUCUGUUUGUAUUUUCUCUUGUGUGUUUGUGCCAAUGCUCAUGUGGGCGUGUAUGAUGCAUCACAGGAACGCUGAGCAGAUGCAGUCCUGGAUCACACGGAUCAACACGGUGGCUGCCAUGUUUUCAUCUCCUCCCUUCCCAGCAGCCAUCGGCUCCCAGAAGAAGUUCAGCCGACCGCUGCUGCCGGGAACGAUGUCCAAGCAGAGCGAGGUAUUUAACCCGGAGGGCUCGGACUGAACCUGGUCUGAGUGAAGUCCAGGAUCUUGUGAAAUUCAUCAGACUGAGCCGGUGCAGAUCAUUCAGACCAAGAGUAACGACCCGCUCUGUGCAGCUGUUUUCAGAAGGCUUUGACACGUCAUUUUUCACCUCACAACGAGAGUAAUUAGAAUUAAAUUUUCAUGACUAAACACUCCACUUAACACAAAUGUGAUAUAUCACUAUUGGCCGCGAGUGGCUGUGACUGGAAGUGUUUCAUUCGUCAUGUUGAUCUGAAGUGAAAUGAGAGUGAAAACACAUUACAGCUGUCUGUUUUUUUACUGCCCGGAGAAACAAAUUAAAUUAAGUCGGUAAACGGUCUGAUGAUCUGCAGCCGGAGCUAAGAGCACGCUGCCACCGUCGGAGGAUAAAGGCUGUGUUUCCAGGGACUGCUGUUAUCAAAACAAAACCUUUUUGUUCCUUUGAUACAAAUACUGAGCAGACAUAAAGACGUGAUUCAUAUAAGGAACAAUAACCAGAGCAACCUGACAAACAAGAACUGUCAUUUCGUGUAACCGCCUGUGAAAGGCCGGAUUUCCUCAGACUUUGAAACAGAACAGAGACGAGGCUCAGACCAUGUUUUAUAGAAGAUUGAUUUUAUUUUUGUACUUUUUAUUAUUUUAAAAAAACUCAGCGUGCUUCUGGCAUAAGUCUAAGGUGGAUCCGUCGUUAGAGAUGUCACAGGAAUGAUGUUUCAGCAUAUUCAUAAACAAACAAGAUGGCAGCUUCUGUUAAAACCACUGAUUUUCUGCCACUUUAAACAAACUUUCCCCGAGAAAAACUGAACAAAUUAGCAGAGGUGGACUGUCAUUAACCGGGCUGAUGUCUGCGCUCCUGAUGCUGACUCAAACAAAUAAUGUCUGCAGACACUGCAGGCAGCCUCCUCAGUGCGGCUCUGUUCCGUCAGCAGAAACAUGCCAACGCUGGAGGGCAGAUACUUGUUUUCAUUCAUUCCUCAAAUGUUCUGUCUUUAUAUUUCAGAUUUCUUAUGUCAAUCAGAUAUUAAAAAACAAAAAAACAACAUGAUAUAAGCAGCAGCGACUGUAAGAACUUUGUAAGAACUCCUGUAGAUCACACUCCUCCACCUCGCUCCUCCUUUUCAUGCUGUGUCUGAUUAAACCAGGGUCAGUCACCUUGGUUUUUCAUGUUUGUUUUGGUUUUGGGGUUUCACGUACACACCUGGAGAGGCAGGGAGCUCUCGGGACAGAGUCAUACCAACAGAUAUGACUUAGUGGAUGCAGAGGAGUUUGUAGAGAAGUAUUGAUAGAAGAAGUUUGAAUCAGAUUCACCCAGAUGUGGAGGAAGUAAAACUCAAAUUUAGGAAGGUCACGAUAGGAGGUGAGGAACUGAGAGAGAGUGAGGACAGGAUAUCGGGGAGCUGAUCAGGUUGAUGAAGGUUAAAGGAAGCAGGUGUUUCCCUUCACCUCCUCACUUUUGAUUCUGUGCUUCACAGGAGGAGCAGAUGAGAUCACAUGAAGCACGAUUUAGAGCUCUCUCCACCGAGCUGGCUGAACUUCGCUCAUACCCUCCCGACCGUAAGGUCAAAGGUCGCGAGCUGGAGGAGUACCGCCAGAGGGAUGAGUAUCUGGAGUUUGAGGUAAGUAAAGAGAAGAGGAAUGAAGAAGCGUUGAGUCAGUGUCACAGUUCUGCAGCUGAUUGUGUUUGUGUGUCUCAGAAAACACGGUACGGGACAUACGUGAUGCUGCUGAGAGCCAAAAUCCGGAGCGGCGAGGAGGACCUGUCCGUGUUCGAGUCCCAGCUGCUGGAGGACAACGGGCUGCAGAGAGCUCACUCCAGCCCCACGCUGCAGGACAGCAGCCUGGCCAGCCAGCUGAGCCAGGCCAGCAGCACCAGAGACGGAGGCACCAGCAGCAAAGCCAGCGGCUGCAGCAGCAGCAAACCCCGACAGGAGGGUCAGAGACACAGCUACAGACAGGCUGUCAAGAAGUGAGGCGGGGCCGGGGCGCCGGGAGCGGCACAGCGUUGCACUGCCAGCGGCGGGCUGUCUCCCUGCACAGGUUUUUAUUUGAGAUCCAGGAGGGUUUGGAGCUCUGCUUGAAGGGGGAGCAGGAGUGAGGGUCUACCCCACACCCUCCCCCCGACCACGACACCCCACCCGGCACCCCAAUCUUCUCGUCUACCAGAGGAGGGCUGGGAAACAGCAGCCAGGGUGUUGGUGCUGGAGGUGGGAGGUCACAGACGUGCAGAGACGAGGUGUCUUUGAGAGCGGACGCUGGGUAAAGCAGCAGACUGAUCUGCAGCCAGACGAAGAGAAAGACGGUGCUCAGAAACACCCGACAGGAACGAACAUACGGCAUCUUUUAGGUUUCUCUUCUUUCAUUCUUUCAAAGCACCUCGACCAAAAACAUUCUCCCACCUUUAUCUUGACUUUUCACUCAGUUUUGGGACCAAAUCUUUUAAAGCAUCACAUGUCAGACACCUGAUGGUUCGUUUGAUGUGUAAAAGCUACCGGACUUUGAGAGUACCACCAGGUUUUGCGGAGCCAUCACAUUCCAGCUCCUUUUUUUCCCCCCGCCACAUCCCCGUGGUGUGUCCACAUUCCACUCAGGAGCAGGACAUUACAGCUUUGGCUUCUAAUUCACUGACGGUGGUUUGAAGACUGAGCACCGCGGGUGGUAAUGAGGGGUGUGGCUGCAGAAUACGACGUGAUGAGAUGGUGCAGCUCGUCUCUCCUCUCCUCUCGAUCACUGAUGGCCGCUUAGAGGCAGAAACAUCAGUAGAAGUCGCUCACGGUGUGCAGCGAUGUAACUGCAUCUCAUUAAGGGAGUUUCUUUUCUUUUUGCUUACUCGAACGGGCGAUCUCUUUCUGCUUCUGUCCCGUGGUUGUGCUUCUGUUCUCUUUCUAUUUCUUGGCUGAGAGUUUAUUUUCUCAGCGAUCCGCAUGCCUGCAUCCAGCACAGCUUCUUUUAGGCCUUUUACUGCUUUGAGGACGAAAGCCGUUCUCCGUGGGGUCAUUUCUCUUCAUGCUGGUGCCAUAACCCAACAUGUCUGUACUGAUAUUCUCUCAUUUAGAAGCCCCUAUUUUACCACUCACCAGGCAGACCCUGAAUGUUCUUGUUUUUUCAGUAUUUUUACAGUAUUUUACAGACGUUCGUUGAUGUUGAACCUUAUUCCACCUGUGUAUGUCAAGUGUAUGAUGAAAACUGUAUAAGGAACUAUGUUACCCAUACUCUUUGUAAGCAUCCAGGAUAUGUUGUAUAUAAUGCAUUGUUAUAUUGUAGGAUAUAUGACGACAAAGUAUAUUUACAAUAUAUUCAAUACACCGUUGUGAAGAAGCAUUAGGUACGAGUCCCAAACGCGCUACACAAUAAUCAUGUGUUCUUUUCUUAACAUGGCGGUACUAGAUCAGCACAAUAUACGUAAUAUAGUGGAGACUACGAACCUAUCAGAGAUUAGUACGUGAUUUAAAGAUGUUAGAAAGGUCGAUAGAGAAAAACUGUAAAAAGAGGAAUGAAGAGGCGGAGCAUGGUUCGCUGUGAACAAGCAUGAUUUUAAAGGGAUCAGGGCUGAAACUGUGGAGCAAAAUGCAUGAGGAAGAAGAAGAACGUACUUCUCCGAAAUGCAAAAAAGUGAGGACACUGUGUAAAAUCUUCAACAAUGCUGAUACUGAUCAAGUGCAAAGACAACAUAUCAAACGUUGAAACUGAAAACUUUUACUGCUUUAUGAAAAGUAAAUGAAGUCGGGACUGCAGGCCGGCCAGUUAAUCACAGGACUCUUCUACUAGGGAGCCAUGCUGUUGGAGUGCACACAGAUCACAUGGUUAUACAAAUCCUCUAAAACUGUUACAGACUGUAUAUUUUUCAGCAUUAAUCACGUCUUCUUGGAUGAGAAAGUUUCCCAUGUUUACCCCAUAUCUUUUAUACAGUCCAGUCCUCCUUGGACCAAAGACAAAGACACUGUCCAUGACCACAUGACAGUUCUCCACCUUUCCUUAGUCCACCUUAAAUGGUCUGAGGCUGAGGGAAGCUGCUGGAUUCCUGGAUCAUGUUUAUAUUUGGUGUCCUCUUUCUGAGUUUUUGUGAGUGAUUUGGAGCACAUGUGGUGAUUUCCACUACAGAGUCAUGCCUGUUUUUAACGCAGUGCCACCUAAGGGCCUAAUAUUUACGUCUGUGCAGAAAUUUCUCCUGACUCUGGAAGCUUUUUUUAAAGAUAUGAAGUGCGCCGAAAAAAUUAGUUUAUUUUCCUGAAUUUUUUUUUUUUAUAAUUCAAUGAUUAUUUAUAUUUUUCAAUGUUGCAAGAGACAAACGAACAUCAAACAAAACAGACAGAAUGGAGGUCAAAAAUAGUAAUAAUAAUAAUAAAAUAAAUAAACAAGGCAGGUGAGUUGGCAAGGCAAGAAAGUUAACAAAUCUGUCCACUAAAACUGUCCCCUUUUUCUUUUAUCAUAUCAUUUUCACAACUUAAUCCCCCCAACAUCUUCUUGCCCGCUACAGUCCCCAUCAUCUGUGUUUUCCACAUACUCAGUGUGGGAGCUCGGGGUUCUUUCCAACACCUCAGGAUAGUCUGUGCACAUGUUAUUAGGCCAGUUUUUAAUAUUCUCAAACUGUUUUUAUUCAACAGGGGUACCAUAGAUCUGUCUCCAAGGAGACAUAAUCUCGGUGAUCUGAGAAGUUCGUAAUUUAAUGAUUUGCUCAUAUAGUCGAUAACUUUUUCCUGCAAGGGGAGGAUCUUAGAACAUUCCCAUAAUGCAUGAAUAAAUCUGCCACUUUCUGCCCCACACGUCCAACAGAGAUCAUUGUUAAUCAAACCCAUCCUGUUAAGUCUUGAUGGUGUAAAAUAAUAUUUUUCCUGAAAUUGUUGAACUUUGGAGUAUUGAUCCUUCAUCCAUCUUCUGAUAAAUUCAGCCUCUCUGUCAUAACAUUUUCACACCCAGUCUUGUCACUAACCGGGUGAAUUAACUUCAUUUGUUGGGAGACGUUCCUCCAGGUUUUAUUAAUUUUAGUAGUGUCUCUCAAGUGUUUCAUUGACCCCGUCUCAACUUUUUCCAAACGUUUUGCGAGCAUCAAAAUUAAACUGAGCAUAAAUUUUUCAUAAUGUGAUGAAACUUCUCAGAUUUAAGAUUUGAUAUGUUGUCUUUACUCAAUUUUCAAUUUCAAACUGGAUUGAAAUAAUUUGCGAACCACCAAGUUCUGUUUGCAUCAGCGUUGAACACACUGUUCCGACCUUUCGUUGUAUUUUGGGUUUUAAAGGAGGAUUCAUUCAGGACUGUUUCAGCGGGAGUUCAUGAGUCUGGUAGCCAUACACACCUCAUAGCAUUAUCGAUGUAUAGCCAUCUUUGACUCAGGCUUUAAUACCUUGAACAGCUGCGGUGCCGGUGUCCGACCAGCAGGGGGAGCUGUUCAGUUUUUCAGCCAUAAUCACACCUGCUGCACCUGCAGUGAAUAUGCAUGUCAUCGCCCGCUCAGCUGAGGCCGGGGAUGGAACCUGCAGGGCUAAACCUGACAAGAGCUGUUUGUAUUAUGAACUCUGGAUGUCAGUGUGUAAGUGUGUUUUCAUAUAUGUGUGUGUGUGUGUGUGUGUGUGUGUGUGUGUGUGUGUGUGUGUGUGUGUGUGUGUGUGUGUGUGUGUGUGUGUGUGUGUGUGUGUGCGCGUGUGUGUGUGUGCGUUUCUUGCUGUUUGUGGAUGUUAGUGUGUGCAUGCUGUGACUGUGCCUGUUUAAACGAGAGAGUUUCCUGUUGUUUCUCCAUCCUUCAAACGUGUGCUUUGUUCGUUUUCAGAUCGGAUAAUUUAUCUUCAGGCUUCAGUGUUCGGUUGUGUUUGCCUCUGAAUCAUGUUCUGCCUGCAGUUUAGAGACAUUUCUGAGUGUUUUUUUAACAAAGAAGCCAAACAAUCCAAGUAUUUCUCUCCGAUUCUUGUCUCAUGUGAUAUUUUAACAAAAUUAUUUGGUUUUGGACCGUAAGUCAGGCAUAAAAAAGCAAUUGAAAGACAUUAAAACGGCCAUUUUUCACUUCUUUCUGGUAUUUUCCAUCCCGCUGAUUGCUUUCAAAUGAAAGUAAUCUUCCUUUGCAGCUUUGCUGCACACUAUCUCGUCUUUUUCUCAUUUCAUCCUCUGCUUUUCUUGGCUGCACCUUCCUCCCCAUCUUUCCUCUCUUUAUACUGCAAUAGUAAUGCAGAUAUUGUUGCCAUAGCUGACAUCUUUUACCUCUUACUUAUGUGGCUUCUCAUGACUGUGACUGCUCUGCAUUUAUUAGUGAUGUUUGAUCCUGCUGUCAGUGAACAGACAAACUCAUCUGAAGUACUAAUCAUGGUCUCCUGUAGGGACAGAUUAGGACUUCACUCACAGGAAUAAGCUGUUAGAUUCAUCCUUAAACAUUCGCUUUACAUGAUAUAGAUGAGAUCAACAUUCGAUGACGGGGACUCUUUUGGAUUCAUCAACUAUCACUUAAAGAGUUACUUUAUGGUACAAACUGUGCAUAUUUAUUCAUAAUUUUAUCCCCCCAUGAAAGGCACUUUUAAAGCACAGUUUAAAAGGUGAUCUCAAAUGAGUUUACAUUCGGUCACAGAUUGAGUAACUCUGACUGCAACUAUAAGUCAAUAAAUUGAUAAAAAAGUCUGAUAUAUUGGUGUUCUUAGCUGUCCUAGUUGUCUUAAACGUUGUAAAGUCAGCCUCUGUGGAGGACCUGCAGCCUCUCAGUUUCCAAACUAGAUAUCCAUGCAGCGAUCUGAGGGUUGAGACUGCUGCAAAAGCAAAUGUAGAGGCGGAAAAACACCAAACAAAGACGGCGAGUGCUCCAGAAGAACCCACACCUGUACCAAGAUUAAUGUUGCACAGUCAGAAUCAGAAGAAAAACAGUUUUUUUCUGCUUUUCGGCUUAUCUGGCUCCAACCUUUGACAUCUUGACUUUGAAACACCGAAGCAAAACCAGGUUGUGGGAUUGGGAUGGUUUUGCAUGCAUGCUUUUGCAGAUUACGCCUGUUGUUAGGUCAACAUAGGAGCCGAUAUAAAUCCUCUCUUUGAAGCUGCUUUUGUUUCCAUAUUCUCAUUUUGAUUAGGCUGGAGGAUGGCUUAAUAUGUGCAGGCAAGCAAGUUUUUUUUAUUAUUAUAUGAGACCUUUAAAAGAAAUUUCAUAUCCAGUUAUUUUUGCAUUAAUUUGAGCCAACUUUUAAUCAUUUAAGUCACAUUUUUGCAGGUCCCACCACGUUCAGAUUUCAGAACAAUCCUUCUGACAUUUACAGACUGAACUUGUAAUUCAUUUUAAAAUGAAGCGCCAGUUUUCAGAUCACCUCCAAAUAGUGCAAUAACCUGACCCGACGGCAUGUGAUGGGUAUUCUGGGCGCAGGUUCUAUACUCGCUGUACAGUAUGGAUGGAUGUCGUAUAUAGAGGGAGACAGCUCCACCUUGACAAAGUCUCCAAGGUCCUCUCCUCCCCUCCUCCUCCCCUCCAUGUGUUGUCUCCACUCCCUUUCAUCAAAGAGCAGCUGCAGGAUCUCCACAGCGCUGGCUUACAUGAAAAUGUCUGGUUCCCCUGGUGACGGCUCUGCCACGCUCAUGUGAAAGUCACCCUGUGGUUCUGUGUCCAAUCAGGGCUGCAGGAUUUACCUCUGUGGAAGCUGCCGUGCAUGUCUGCAGCCGUCUGGACAAACUGUUCUGUCCACCUCAUUUCUGAAUGUAAAUAAAGCAUGAGAUAUUACGGCCUGCGUUCAUUUAUAUUAUGGUAAGAGUAUUCAAUGAAGGGUUAAUAUAUAAUAAAGUAGGUCAACAUUUUUCCUGUCCUUGAGCUCAUGGUCAUUUUUGUUGUUUUUGUUUUGAUUUCUCUCAAUGUGAAUGAAGGAAAUGGCUAUAUUUAACGCUGUCGUAUGCUGUUGUUUUAGAGAAUCGAGCCAGCUCGAACAAACCUUUUUACAUGAGGAGAUCUGGUCUGAUCUGGUCUCUCAGUGUUUUUUAGACUGGUGCAGGUUCAGUGAGGCAAUGUUCAUCUUAUGCUACAUGCACAGUGAGCUACAUGUGUCACUGCCUUUGUUUCAGACUCACCAAGGAGCUGUUGUUUGUGAGCUUCUCAUUUUUGGAGGCAGAAGAUGAAAUAAAGGUGUUUUUGAAGGUUACCUGUGUCUCUGCAUUAUUGUGUUAAAA